CCCCCUCCCCUUUGUUUGCAUUGUAAAGGUGGCUUAAAGAGCCCCUUGGGAGCUGCUGGUUGCAGCAUCAAGGAGAAGGCGGGGGCUUGGAAGUGAUUUUGCAUUGAGAAGGAUUCAUGGAUGCUCUCAGUUCAUUGCUCUGCCUGCUGGGGAUAUCUGCUGCCUGCAUGGACAGGGGAUUAUGGUGGCACUAGAUAGCUGCUGUGCAAGGGCUCUCAUUAGUUCUCCAUUUAAUAAGGAAAUCCAGUCCCUGACAGGCUCCCUUGUGGUGGUGGAGGAGGAGGAGCUGCUGCUGCCUGCAGCUCUUGGGAAGAGGACACCCUGCCAGGAGAAGACCUUGUGCCACCCUCCUUCUUCUUCUUCAUCCUGCUGCCUCCUCUGCACAUAGAGUUAUCAUGGCGGACAGGACACCUCCAGGGGGCCAGCUUCGAUUGGAGUGGGUGUAUGGGUACAGGGGCCACCAAUGCAGGAACAACCUGUACUACACAGCCGGCAAGGAAGUGGUCUACUUUGUGGCUGGGGUUGGGGUGGUCUACAACACUAGGGAGCACAGCCAGAGGUUCUUCAUGGGCCACAAUGAUGAUAUCAUCAGGUAAGACACAAUCACAAGAUGGGUGUGGAUCUUGGGUGAACCCCCAAAAUUCAUACACCCCCAACCUCAGCUUUACCUGCCUAGUCUGUGAUAGUCCAGGGGGUGGGCUAGGGGUCUGCUGAAGCUCUAACAUGAUGCUUGGGGCUUCCUUGCACCAACUUUUCUCACGCUGUAGAAUUAAAAUGUCUUUUAUGGAUGCAUUGAUUUGAUGGGUGUUCAUGGCUUAACAGGUUUUCCCUCUUGAAAUGGAACAUGGGAUCUAUUAUAUGUAAAUAGACACAUAUUAAUGUAAUAUUUAAACUAAGGGUGAGUAAAAGGUAAGAUCUCCAGCUGUUGUGGAACUGCCACUCUCACUAUGCUUUGCCAGCAUUAAGGAAUUACCUUUCAGUCACCCCCUGUUUAACAUGCCAUAUUAAAUGAUAAGAUUAAAACCCAAAAGCAGUAUUAAGUCAUUAACAUGUAAAUAUGAUUAAUGUAUUUACUGUAACAUUUGCCACUCCAGCUGUUACAGACUACAGUUCUAAAUGUAUGAUUUUUCUACAGCUCAGUAUAAUUAACCAUCAGUCUGAAUUGUUAACCACUACCUAUACUGUUAAUGUUUUAAAUAACAGGUGUAACAUUUUAAUAUUUGAGCCCAGAGAUUGUGUCUUGCUGAGUAGACAUAAAUAAUUAAUAUACUGAUUGGUUUUUUUAUUUUUAUUUAUUUUUUAUUUUUAUUUAUUUGUUUUUAUUUUGCUAAUAAUGAUCUUUUUUUAGCGCAUGAGUCCCCAGUUUGUGUGUUAUAGGAAAGAAUAAAUGUUCAUAGAAAUAUAUGAUUUUUUUUUUUAUAUAGCUGUUUUCUAUAAGGCUAUACGGAAAAGAGAGGAUCACAUUUUUGAAUCAGUGCCUAAUUUGGAAAGUUUGGUGAGAGGAAUACUGAGUGUCUACAACCUAUAUGAAAAAGCCUAUCUAAAUUUCAAUAUGAUUACCUUAUUCGAAGUGGGCCGUCUUUUGCCUUCAGAACAUCUUUAGUCUUUCUUUGAGUGCCUUUCUGUAUUUCUUUUAACUGUAUGUAGUGGGAUAUUGUACUAGUGACUAUGGAGACAUCUCAAGCUGCUAUCCUGUGAGACUGCUAAUUAUAUAAACUGAGCAAUUCUUCCUUAAAAAAAACAAAAAACGAUUGGUUUGCUGACUUCACAACGUAGGAAAGUAUACCGUUAUAUUGUUUUUAUUAGAUAUUUAUUAGACAGUUCAGUUUCUUUCAUGUACAAAUGAAUGGAAUUUUGCAGAUGUUUUAGUUAAAUAUGUACCUGUAUACGCUGUUAUGCUUGUUUUCAUAAGGUAAGAAAAUUCACCUUUAAGGUUGUACCAGUAUAAUGCAAUACAUAUUCAUCAGUUGGAAAGCUCCUAUUUAUAUAGAAAAUCCUACAGUUCUAAAGGAAUUCAUGAAGUUUAGAUCUUGUGAUGGGUCCAUCGAAACUUCUCUUUGUUCAUGAAAUCUCAGUUGAGAUUAUUUAGCAGUGUGUAUGGGACCAUUAUAAUCCUGGCCUGCAGUCGUUCUGGAUCGCAAUAAUCUUUGUCCAUUGACAGCAGAUAUUGGGAUUGCGUACUUUGGCUUCUCCAAGACUAAUCUUGUCUAGAUGUAAGCAAUAUGGUGAAAUAUGCCUAAAACCAGGAGAUGUUUCCAUUGACAAGUUUUGUGCUCCUUGCCCCAUGUUAAAGUCUCUUUUUGCAUUGGCCUUGGCUACAAUUGGUUUUAGUAUAGCAGAGCUACUACAAAUUUUUAUCUUUGUGAAGCUGUAUUUUUGGGGGCUUGGGUCAUUAAGGUGCUGACUAGUGAUGUCCCGAACUUUUCGCCGAACGGUUCGCCGAACGGUUCGCCGAACGGUUCGCGAACGGUUUGCCGCGGUUCGCUCUGAACGGUCCGCCUCCUGGACAGCUCACUAAGAAUGCAGCUUCACAAUGGAUGCUGUCCAGGAGGUGGGAGGGUCUGGGAGGGAGGGUCUGCUGCUGAUUGGCUGGAAUGUGUCUGCUGACUGUGAGGUACAGGGUCAAAGUUUACUCAAUGAUGAGUCCGUGGCGAACAGUUCGGGACAUCACUAGCGCUGACCCAUUUCUGUGAAUGUUUUUGAGUUGCAACAAAAGCAGAGAAUCUAAUAACUCUGAGAAUUGUCAAAAGCUUAAAGAAACCCAGUAGCUUUCCCUUCGGUUAGUCCCUGCUCAGGUCACAAAAAUGUUUUUGCUCACUUGUGCCAUUACAAAAAAACCCUAUACCAUUUGCAUAUCAGACUGAUCCCACCCAUAAAGGCAGUCUAGAACCGAAAUGCUAGCACGUUCUCUUUGCAUGAGAGAUACAGAAACCCUGAACGAUCGUUUCACUUUUCUUUAGGCUUCCUCAGCAAAGUCUAGUAAUCCUUUUAGGCACAGUGAGCAUAAGGUCCACGUCUGGAUAACCCUUUAAGCUUAGGAAGAGCCCAAACAAAUGCAUUGCAGCAAAAACAGAGAAUAUGAGAACUCUAAGAAUGGGCAAAAGCUUAGAGAGCCUCAAUAGCUUGUCCUUCGGCUACUCCCCGCUUGGGUCUCAAAAAUGUUCUUGCUCACUUUUGCCAUUACAAUGUUUUUGAGUUAGUAGUGUUGUGUCUCAUUACAGCUAUCCUUCACUCCAUAAAUCCUUGUAGGUGAACUUUGACUUGCUAACACUGUUCCUGUUUGCUCAUGCAGAUCAUGUGGGGAAUUGUCAUGAUGGGUAGUAGUCCCAACAUGCAAAUCUAGGAAAGCUAGAAAGAUAGAAGUCCUUAGAGUUGGCCAGGCUUAGCGGUAUACCUAAAAUGGCAAUGGUCAGAGAGUAAGCCAUGGUUAAGAAAUACUGCAGGAUAAUAAGCAAGCCAAGGGUUGAGGCGCACAGAGAUCAGGAUAGACAAUGAUCAAAAGUCUAAUUCCAGAAUAACCAAAGUCAGAAUGCACUCUUGGGCUGCUAGAGACAACAAGAGGGCACCGAUCUCUUAGUGGAACGAGUUUUAAUAUACCUAGCAUCUGACAUAAACAGAGUGACUCCAAAAUGGUAUUGAUUUGUGAAAUGAAGCGGAACUUAUGUAAUUUAGAGCUACAUAUUUAGUGUGGGCAUUUCUGUGUGUCACUAUCGAUAUAGGACUAUCACGAGGUUGACACCUCCCAGGAUAUUGAUGUGUUGAUGUUGAUGCAGGAUCAAAGCACAUUGUUACACUGGGCAUUAGUUUGACACUGAGAACAACCCAAAAAUGUGACAGCAAUGCUGUUCAUAUCCAAAAAAAUCCCUAUACAAUAGAGGUUUAUAUGACAUAUAAUUAAGUUACUGCAUAUACUUUUUUAAAAAUUUGUAAAAAAAUGUUUUUAUAUAUUUUUGUCGUAGCAUGUUUAGGAUAUUCACACAGGUAUAGGCAUUUUACUCUACAUUUUAAGUGCAUACAAAAAUAAAAGUAAAAGGUGUCACACAAAUAUAACGUGAAAAUAUCACAGAAUAGCACUUAAUUCCUAUCUGGAUAUCUGCACUUUAUAAUUUGGACUCUUCAGGAAUGUUGAGUUAAAUCGCUGGUACUAGUGUCCCAAGAGAGAAAUUGCGUGUCUUGUGGUAAAGAGCCCCGUGAUGUGGUGAGGUGGGAUUCUCCAUCGGCGGGCAAUAAACAGAAAUUAACGUAAAGGAGAGAAUUUAGGAAACAGUCAUUGGAAGAGGGGCUAUGUCUAGCACUAACAGAUUAAUAACAGUUGGAGCAGUAGGUGGGUGCACGCCACUGCCGUCAGCAGGUCUCAGGUGCCCUUAGAUGUCCGUGCCACCGCUGUACGCUGCUGCUUGGGGUAAAAUAGCUGGAUAUUAAACACAUCUCAUGAUGGAGAAUCGUUAGAGGUAGUUGCUUCAAGUCUCGGUACAUUGUCAGGGACGGGUAAGUCCAGUGCCUUGAGAAAUUGCUCUGCUUCAGAAAUCUGUGUGAGGUGAAUACGCUUCUCGUCGUGCUGCACUGAUAACUUUUGUCCCAGGCCCCAUCAGUAUCUGACCCCUCUGUCUCUCAGCAUCUUAGUGACCGGUUGCAAGGAGUGUCUCCAGAGCUUUGUGGACCUAGAAAGGUAGUUAAAGAAAGAGAGGUCUGAGCCUACAAAAUGAUAGGUAUGUGAGUAGAACUAAAUUUUUUUUUAAAAAUCUUAUUUUCUCCCAUUUUCUUCAUAUUAAAUUAUGUUUCAUAGCUAAAUAUUUGAUAUUAAAUGAAAGCCCUGUUUCCCCUGAAUAAAAUGAUAUAUAAUAAGGGUGGGUGCAUUUCCUAUGAAAGAGGUGAAUUACGGUUGGACAGACAUGUAGCGCAAAUGCCAGGUUUUGUUUACAUUUUGUUUCGUUCACAACAUGUACAUUUGGCUCCAUCCUUAAGGGGGUUAACUAGCUUAUGAACUCUCUGUUUAUUUACUUUUUCUGGCUAUUCUCCGCUAACCUGCACCUUUCACUUUCAGGCACAUCUUCUGCUAGUUAUGACACGCCACUCGCCCCCUCACUCUCCUUCUCUAACAUCAGUUAAGUGUUAAACUCGAUCAGAUUGAUCAGUAUUGCUUCAGACCUGAGGAAGAGAGUAAACUCUCGAAAGCUUCUCUUUGAAAUAUUAUGUUAGUCCAAUAAAAAAGGUACCAUUGCAUACUGCAAUACUCUUAUUUUUUUUUAUAUAUAUAUUAUAACACACCUCUGUUUUUAUCAUUUCAGGCGCUACCUUUAUCCCCCGUUUGUACUAAUAUAUGCCUGAGUGAGUGGUUGAGCUAUGUAGGGACUUAUUAAUUUGGGGAGAAGAUUACUGAAAAUCAAAUUUACUACUUUCUGGAGAUUAUUCACCAAACACACCAUUAGGUGACCAAAGCGGCCGCCUAGGGCCUGGGCUUCAACAUGGGCCUGGUUUUUGCCCCGUUUGGGCUGGGAGCUCUGGCUCUAAAUGGGCCCUUCUCAAGCAGGGAACACAUAGACAUGCUCUGCCCCCAAAACAGCUGUACUCCACACACACAACACUCAGCCACUACACACAAGUCUCAACACACAGAUCACUCACAGAAACAGAGUGCAGGGCCCCAAACUGGCACCCUGUCCAUGGUCUCGGAUAACCUUAAUGGAACGCUGUAAUAUCAGGAAUACAAAAAUAUAUUCCUGACACUACAGUCAUCAAGGGGCAGUUUAGAUUUACGUGACCACUCUCCUCCCCGAUCUUAGUAAAUGGGGAUUUACUCAUCUGUUCUCCCACACCACGUCUAUCUCACAGUGGCUGGAUUCACCUUCAUGGCUGAGAUCUUUCCAAUAGCAUUGGGAGGCUUUUGUGCAUGCGCGGCAAAAUGCUGUGCUGCGUCAAUCAGCAUCUCUUCGUAUAGAUGCAUUGAGUCAAUGCAUCCAUUUGGGGAACAUUCAGCAUCUCCACGCAGUGUUUACAUUUAAAAGCCUGCAGUGACAGGCUAUAGAUACCAGAACAUUAAAGGAUCACUAUAGGGUCAGGAAUAUAAACAUGUAUUCCUGACCCUAUAGUGAAAACCCACCAUUUAAGUGGCUUUCCCCCCCACCCCCCGCCCUUAACCCCCUUAGAAUGGCGCUGGCCCCGCCCCCUUGGUGACAUCAUCAAAAUUGCCAAAAAGCAUUGGAUUGGCUAAAAUCGACAAGGUGGGCGGUGCCAAACAUUAAGCUGUAGUUGUUCUGGUGACUAUAGUGUCCCUUUAAACUGUAGUUGUUCUGGUGACUAUAGUGUAUCUUUUAUCUUGCUAAAACCAGCCAAGCUGGUUGGAGUUGGAAUUUUUGAGUUUUUAAAGAUUUAACAUUUUUUGUAGAAAUGUUGCAAUUUGUACAAUUCAUUGUUCUAUGAAUAAAGUAUUGCUUAGAGUUUAAAGGGAUAUUGUACCAGAAUCCUUUCCGCUAUUUGGAGUUGUUAUGAUGCUGUGAUGCCAUCUCUAUAGUCAUUAAUUUUGAUUAUUUAGCAAACUGACAAAGCAAGGCUUUAAAAUUGCUCAUAGCUCAACCUACAAACCAGGGGUGUUGCUAGGUUCCAGAAAUACCUGGGGCUUGAGCCCAAGGGAAAUUUUGAUUACCCCCUACGUGACAUAUGUACCUUCCUCUCUACCCAUGAACAGCAUGCUGCUGGAACUCUCCGGGAUCUCAAUAAUCUACAUGGUACACACCCGUCACCCAUGUAUUCAAUGUAAUUCUGCAAUCCUACCUAACUAAUAGAGAGGAGUGCAGAAAGGUUAUCUUCACCAGCAUCCCUCUUAACAGUUCCCUGGGAGUCACGACCACCUCCCUCUUAAUAACCUUAAUAUACUAGUGAUCACUCUUUUUAUAUUGGUGGCUGCUUGGAGAAGCAACUGUCUGCUUAAAAUCUAAGAAUAAAAAAACAUCCUCCUGCGUCCUCCACCAACUGUAAAGAUGCAGGACUAAAGAGACUCGUAUCCAGGCCAUCAACCCUCAAGGCUGCUUGCCUCAGAAAUGCUACAAACCCUGUCAGUUAGGAAGCUGGCAUUACAAUAACUUGACUGACAUCAUGCAUAGUAUGCUAACGUGGAGCGACUUGCAGGAACUGUUCAAGUCAAAGAGUGACCUGUCUGUAAGAUGAUUGGUGCUGGGCAUUCAUGGGCCAUGAGCAGCUUCAAGGAAACUUGCUUGCAAGCUCUCGCUUGUGGUGAGCAGCGCAUACAAGUUCCUCCACAUUUCCAAUGACAUGUCAACUCAUUGUUGCAAGCUGGUAUGAGAGCCAGGAAGUGUACAUUUUUAGUUCUCUGAUUGACGGAACUAGUAGGCGGAGCAAAAAAUGUUUUUCUUCUUGAUGAAAAUUCUUUUUGACUGUGUCUGUCUCUUUAUGACUGUGUGGAGACUACUUUGUUUCAAGAAAAAGCCUAUCUUUGUCAAACUGUGGCAGGAGGAUUUUCAGCCUCCGCAUUCUUCCAUUUUCUAUCCUCCUUCUGUUUUAACAGCUGAUGAUAAUAGGUAUCAUCUUGUGCAAAGUGCAAUAGAAGCCUGUGGACCUUAUUGCGCAAAACCUAGAUUUUAUUAAGACACGGAGGCUCCUAUUAUGCUGCACUCUUUCUUUAUUUUCCCUCAGCAGCAAAGAAUUUUUUUUUUUAAACGUAAUCAAAGUUAACAAUAAACAGUCUGAGAGGAGUAUCCUAGCAACAGGAACAGCCAAUCGGAUUCCACUCUCCAGCAUAAUAGGCUCUGUGAACCAAUCCAAUUCCUCUUUCUUUGCUGCUCCCUCAGUUAAGUAACAUCAGAUCCCAUGGUUUCUUAACUGUGGGAUCGUCAUUUUACAUUUUAUAUUGCUGUUUAUAUUGCUAUUUAUUUAUUUAAUACUACUUCUUUAAAUUGUUUUAAUAUACUACUCCUUUAAAUUGCUUGCUUUAAUAUUAUGUGUUCUUGCUAUUGCUGGUUAAACUUUUGAGGGUUAUUGAACUUUGUUCCCCCCUUUCUUGCCUCUCAUUGCGGCUAGUUCCCUCAUAGCUUAACGGGACGUUUCUGCCUGUCAUUUGACUGGCUUCCUUAACCCUGAGCCGGUAAGUUUUCACCGUGCUCGGGGUUUUUUUCUAUUUCCCAACCCUGUCCGACCGUUGCUGAGGCGAGCGCGCGCGCUCCCCUCCCUGCACCCAUUCACCUCUUGUCCCGCUGUUUAGAUACCCGCAUUCGGGUAUUUGAUGCGAACGCACUCUAGGCAUUGCAUUCGCACCACGAAUCCCCAUUACCAGUUUUUUCUCGCGGUCUAAUUCCGCGAACGCAUUCCUCCAUUGAUACAGACGUUCGCCUAUGCGAACGCUUCUGUCCCUUCCCCGUUCGGGAUUUUCUCACUGCUCGCGGCGGCCAUUUAGUGCUUUCCCGUGCCCUGCCACUAGCACUGCCCCCCACAGACCGGAACUCUGAGUUGGGAGCUAGUGCUAGUGGCGGUUGGACGGCUUUCUAUCUCUACGGUACCUGUAUUAUUUCUAUGAGUGUGAACACUUUAUUAUAUUGUAUUGUUUUUUCCUUCAUACAUUCUGUCAAAUAUUGUAGAUUCCCUCCUACAGGGUUACUCAACCCUCCCCUAUAGGUUUUAUGCCAACAGGCUGGUUAUCAUAUUUCAGAUUCAUAUAUUUCUGGAUAUAAUCCUGUCAGUCACUGUCAUAAUUAUGCCUUCUGACAAGGAUGCGCCCUCUGGGUCUAUUAACCCUGACAAGGUUGGUUUUCAGGCACCUUCGGGUGUAUGUGAUGAUAUGGCGGUUCCACCCGCUGAGCUUGAUACCCCUGCUGUUAUGCAGACCUUGAUUGAUGACACCAUGUCACAGGCUAUGACUAAAGCCCUCAUGUCGGCCAUGGGACUAAUGUCUGAUUCCAUAUCCCAGACACUUACACAUGCCCUAAUCCAGGCGCAAAAAUCAGCGCAACCGACUUCGGCCCAGAUUGUGCCUGUCACAACUCCUUUACAACCUCAGACCGGCCGCAAGGCCUUGGCAAAAAUGAAACACUCCUCAAUGCCACAGAUGGACAGCCAUGCACCUGUCACAGAUGGCGCGUCUAUACAACCGCGCAAAAGAGCCACUAGCCGGGCAAAAUCGGCUAGAUUGUGGAAAAGGGCAAGGGCCCAAGUUGAUUCUGAGUCUGAUCUCAGCGACAUUGAGGAGGAGGCUUCUGUAGAUUCGGAAGAUCCAUCGGAUCCCGACUCAGAUUGCCCGGCCGGGGACUACGGCCAUUCUCAGGACUACAGUCCGCUCCAGUCGGACAUGCCUGUUGUAGACCACAAGGCACAAGGGGAUGUAGAUAUGAUUGUGGACCAACAUGGUGAACCCCUGUUUGAUCCCGACCUAUUACGCCACCCACGGUCGGCAGAAUGGUCCCCCCAAGAACAUGUGGCCAAAUAUAUAGCGUCUAGGGUACGCAAGCCUUUAGAAAAGGCGACACGGAAUAAACUACGGGCAGAAUGCCCGCGCCCCACAGUCCCAGAUGAUGCCUGCAGCACACCUGCAGUUGACCCAAAGAUUACCCAAUUCUUGGGAAAGACAGGCUGGAAGCCCAACAAAGGCUUGGAGUUUGCCCUACGCAAUUGCCAAGACAAGGUCUUGGACAUCCUGGGCCCAGCUACCAAAAUAUUCGAAGUGGUCCAAGAUGACCAGGAGUUGGAUCGGGCCGCCAUAAAUGGAUGGAUCCAACGGAUUAUUUGCCUGAUUGGCAAUGCCAACACGGCAAUAGCCACGGAACGCCGCAAGGCGAUACUAUUGAAAAUAGAACCGAAAUUGGUUAAUAUGGCAAUGAACGAACCGGGCGCCCAAGCUAAGGGUCUCCUAUUCGGAGACAAUUUUGUCAAGGAAUUGGGCUCCUUUGUCCAUACAUUUACUGCCCUAGAUAAGGCGCAAUCCAACAUGCGCAAGGUGUUUCACCCCAAGGUUUUUGGUGGGGCCGGAAGAGCAAGGAGCCGUCUGUCCGGCCGUGUUAACAUAGAAACAUAGAAACAUAGAAACAUAGACUCGUCAGAAGUUCUUUUAGACAGAACAGAGGCUCCUAUACGGGACGAGCCAGUUUCACGGAACACCGCAACGCUCCGGCGUUCUUCCCACAACGAGGGCGGCCAUGGGUUGCCCGUGGACCACGGAAUGCCCACUCCGGGCGACGACCUUACGGUAAGUCCUCUCAAUUUACAUUCUUCCCUAUGGGCAGUGGGGGGCAGACUCCGACAUUUUUCCCACAUGUGGGCUCGCAUAUCGUCAGAUUCUUGGGUGCUAAACACCAUAAAAGGAUAUACAAUAGAUUUCCUGUCCCUACCCGUGCAAUUCUCCCAACCACGAGAAAUGUCUUUUUCCCUAGCAGACAAGACCCUGGUCACCCAAGAAGUUUCAGACUUACACCACAAAAAGGCCAUUUCAGAAAUCCCAAUGGCCACGGCAGGUUAUGUCAGCAACCUGUUCCUGGUUGCCAAGAAAGGCGGAGGGGUCCGCCCAGUGAUCAAUCUGAAACAACUCAACACUUACGUCUCUUACAACCAUUUCAAAAUGGAAGGAAUACAUUGUCUAAGAGAUCUCCUCCAACCAGCGGAUUGGAUGGUGAAACUGGAUCUCAAAGACGCUUAUCUUACAGUGCCGAUCGCCCGUCACCAUCAGGAUUUCCUGCAAUUCAUCUGGCAGGGCAAGAAGUGGAGGUUCACCUGUCUCCCUUUUGGGCUGUCAUCGGCCCCGUGGUGCUUCACCAAACUCAUGAAGCCCGUGACGGCCUUUCUUCGGAGCCGAGGAGUGCGUCUUAUAAUCUAUCUGGACAACAUCCUCAUUAUGGGCCAAUCCGCCCAAAUUGCACGGACCCAUUUGAACUGGACUCAGACCCUAUUACAGAACUUAGGCUUCCUCAUCAAUUGGGACAAAUCCAUCUUGACUCCCACUCGCACAUAGAGUUCUUGGGUCUCAUCGUAGACUCCACGUCUCAGACCCUACAUCUACCGAUGUCGAAACUGAACAAUAUCAAAAAGGAAAUCAAACGCUCCCUGGCAGCUCCUCAGCUGUCCCUCAAACAGUUGGCAAGGGUGAUUGGCCUCCUGGCGGCCUCCAUACAAGCCAUCUUCCCGGGGCCGCUCCACUACCGGGCGUUACAACGCCUUCACGCUGCCAACCUGAGAGACGGAGUCGCCUACACGGAUCUGAUCACUCUGAACUCGGAAGCGAAGGACGAACUGACAUGGUGGCUCUACCAUAUGGAAGCCUGGAAUGGUCGGGCCAUUUUUGGCACCGCACCAGAUCUGGUAAUAGAAUCAGACGCGAGUUUACACGGCUGGGGUGCUCGCUGUGGAGACGUCUCUACAGGUGGCAGGUGGUCCAACAGCGAAGCUACACUCCACAUCAAUUGCCUGGAACUCCUGGCAGGAUCCUUUGCGAUCCGCAGCUUUUCACCGACCCUGGUACAAUGCUCUAUCCUUCUGAAGAUGGACAAUAUAUCGGCAGUCCGAUAUAUCAACCAUCUGGGGGGCACGAAGUCAAAGGUCCUGGCGAACAUGGCACGAGAUUUUUGGCAGUUUUGCCUGACUCAAGGCAUUUCUGUGACAGCGGAGUAUAUUCCCGGGCUCUGCAACACCACGGCAGAUUGGUAUUCACGACACCUCCGGGACGCCAGCGAUUGGCAAUUGGACCCCAGGGUAUUCCGAACUAUUCAAUCAAUAUGGGGCCCCAUGGACAAAGACCUGUUUGCCUCCCGCUUGAAUGUGCAACUUCCCCGAUUUUUUCAGCUGGAGGCCGGACCCAGCAGCGCUAGCGACAGAUGCGUUCACGCAGGAUUGGUCGUCCACAAGGAAUUAUGCCUUUCCACCGUUCGCACUGAUUCCUCGCUGCCUCCUACAGUUACGACGACAGUCGGGAACCCUGGUGCUUGUCGCACCGUUAUGGCCCUCCCAACCUUGGUUUCCUCCCCUCCUGGAGAUGACGGUGGACGUUCCUCAAAUUCUCCCACACUCCAUUUAUUUACUUCAGGACCCAGAUGGGGCCCCUCACCCCCUGGUGCAGCAGGAUCUGCUACGGCUAACAGCGUGGCUAAUUUCAGGGGACCUUGGGCAAUCGAGGGAGUUUCGGAAUCGACUGUCCGCCUUCUCGAGAACGCAUGGGCGCCUGGCACAAGACAGGCUUAUAAGUCUUCAUGGGGCAAAUGGCGUGAUUGGUGCCUGGAAUGAGACUUGGAUCCCAUAUCAGCUCCUGUGAGUGAUAUCCUCCACUUCCUCACGUCCCUGUUUGAGGAUGGCAAGGCCUAUCGUACAGUGAACCUAUACCGCUCGGCCAUUUCAGCGGCACACCAGGGGACUGCGGAUGUCCCGAUUGGACGCCACCCGUUGAUAUGUAAACUCCUACGUGGCAUUAAAUUCACCCGACCCCCGCUCCCACGAUAUUCGAUGCUAUGGGACGUCUCCAUCGUCCUCAAAUUCAUUGAAUCAUGGCCGGACACUACACAACUGUCCCUGAAACAAUUGUCGGCCAAGCUGGCUAUACUCCUCUGCCUCAUAUCUUGCAAAAGGGUAUCCGAUGUCAGAGCUCUGGACAUUACCGCACGCUCCUACACCCCAGAGGGGGUCACCUUCGAUAUCUCUCGCAGAACGAAGACGUCCUCGAAGUCGGUGUCAUACCCAGCGUUCCCCGACAGACCGCUCUUAUGCCCAGUCAAGUGCUUACAAUCCUAUGAGCCUCCACACUUCGAGACAUGACAAAACACGAGCUUUUCAUAUCAUUCCAGAAACCUCACCUACCGGUGUCUACUCCGACCCUGACCGAUGGGUUAAAUGGAUGAUGUCCAUAGCAGGCAUCGACACUUCGCUAUUCUUACCUCACUCAGUGCGAGGAGCGAUGGCUUCCAGAGCCUCCAUGAUUGGUUGUCGACUGGAAGACAUUUUGAAGGCAGCUGACUGGUCCUCAGAAUCGACUUUCAGGGACUUUUACUUUAAACCCAUUCAGCACUUCGCGGGAUCUAUAAUUUCCCAGCUUUAAACCAGCAUAAUAGGCGCCUCCGUGUCUUAAUAAAAUUCACAGAUUUUACUAUUAGCAUGACGUAAAGUCAUGAUUUUAUUAACGACACGGAGGCGAGUAUUAUCCCUUCCUCCCAUCCCGUGGAAGGAUGGAAUAUGGGCAAGUUGAUUUCAAGGUAAGUCCUAGUAGUUUGAGAUUGAUACACGUUAGGCUUGCCAAUACUCCACUUAACUGCUCAGACUUCUUAAAAAAUGUUGUGACAUUAGACAUAUUAUGAGUUAUGUGGACAUCCAGUUUAAUACAAAGAUAUUACCAUAUUUCUCCUUGUCUUACAGCUUAACCUUCUUCAGGUCAUUGGAAGUUCCCUUGUUACACGGUUCUCUUGUCUGGACUGGAUGAUUACACUACUUCGGGAUCGCAAAUCAAGAGGAAUUGGAUUGGUUCACAGAGCCUAUUAUGCUGGAGAGUGGAAUCCGAUUGGCUGUUCCUGUUGCUAGGAUACUCCUCUCAGACUGUUUAUUGUUAACUUUGAUUACGUUCUAAAAAAAUUUUUCUUUGCUGCUGAGGGAAAAUAAAGAAAGAGUGCAGCAUAAUACUCGCCUCCGUGUCGUUAAUAAAAUCAUGACUUUACGUCAUGCUAAUAGUAAAAUCUGUGAAUUAUAUUUGUAAGAUCCUUCAUGGAACGACAUUUUGUACUAUAGUGCAUGUGUGAAAGUACACAGAUGAAGAGCUUGAAGAGAUGCCAGCUUGAGGGCAAACCAUGCAAAGACACCACAAGUACCAGCGCUGCUUAACCCCUUGAGGACCAAACUUCUGGAAUAAAAGGGAAUCAUGACAUGUCACACAUAUCAUGUGUCCUUAAGGGGUUAAAGCACUGUUUCGUAAAUUUAGUAGUUAAAAUAAUUGACUCCAGGGAUGUUAUAUUGUCACCAUAACCAAUUCAAGCUGAAAAGUUAAUGAAGAGUGUCCCUUUAAACAUGUAGUUUAGGUCUUAUUGAAUGUUCAGAAAAAGAGAAAAUUGUCGUAAAAAAAAUACUGUUUAGGCUUUUUAUGUAAACCAUAUUGUGUUCUGAACGGGUUAAACAUAUGUCUGACAUUCAUAUAAUCUUCUAGACCAGAAAUCUCUCUCUUUUUUUUUUUUAACCAAUUCUAUAUUUUGUGAUACACAACAAUAUUCUCAAAAUUAGCAGUGUUUAUACGCACCAAAACAACUUUAGAUUAAUAAAGCAGUUUUGGUGUAUAGAUCAUGCCUCUGUAGUCUCACUGCUCAAUUCUCUGCCAUUUAGCAGUUAAAUCACUUUGUUUAUACAGCUCUAGUCACACCUCCCUGCAUGUGAUUUGCACAGCCUUUCUAAACACUUCCUGACAAGGAACCUAGAUAUUCUAUAUUCCUUUACUGAACAGUCUGUUUAAUCUGGAAUUCCUUAUUUCCUGCUCUGGUAAUAUUAAACUUUAAAAUUUUAAAGUUACAUUUUCAGAGCAGGAAAUAAAAACUUCCAAAGCAAGUUAACAUCUGAUUGAAAAUUAUUUUUUUAAAUGCAGGCAGUGAGACAGCAGCGGCAUGACAGCCAGGGGAGGUGUGGCUAGGGCUGCAUAAAAAGAAAAAAAGUGAUUUAAGUUGUUUUGAUGCCCAAAGUAUCCCUUUAAUGUCAGAAGUUAUCAAGCCACUUUACACCAUGUGACUUAAUAAAGCAGAUAGUAAUUGGAGUAUGAUUGGAAGUAAUGUACUUUGCAGCAAUCUCAAAACAAGCAAAACUAGCAGAAUGAGGAUGUAUUCAAUGUAGUCCACAACAUGUGUAUCAGUUCUCCAUGCUUCCCCCAGCUAACCUCGAUCUCCCACGUCGUGUCUCCCUCCGUUCAGAGAUGCCAACCCGACAUGAGCCUCGGGCAGGGACUCAGCCAGACCACUUCGACGCCGUGAAUUAAUAGCGAACCUACUUCCCUGGUUCAGAGCUGGUGUUGCAAUUUCCUUGUGCCCCACAAACUGGCCAGGAAGGGCUUCCCCAGUUCAGCGUUGUGGGUGGGGUCUCUAAAAGAUUCAGCCUUCCUAGUCAGGCGUGUGCCAGGAAGGCACUCUCUUAAAGGGGCACUGUCUACUAGACAGCCACUAGAGGGCACUUCCUGGUCCAUAGCACAGAAAACUAUGCUAGAGCGUAGAUGGAUAUCAUUAUGCUGUGUGAGGACCUCCAGCGUCGCUCAAUUCCCCAUAGGAAAGCAUUGAAAAGCAUUUUCAUUGCUUUCCUAUGGAGAGCUCUAAUGCGCAUGUGCGGCAUUGCCACGCAUGCGCAUUAGGUCUCCGCGGCCGGCGGGUUCAGUCUCGCCCACCGGCCGACGUAAUGAAGAGGAGGAGCGGCAGUGACCUGAAACCACCGCUUCAGCAACCAGGGAUUGGGAGGUGGGAGGUAGAGGGGACCUGCAGUGCCAGGAAAACGGAUUGUUUUCCUGGCACUGGAGAGUCCCUUUAAAGGGUCAGAGGUUGGUACAAGAAGGGAGAUGUGUCAGGAGCCAAGGGAUAACGUGGAGGGGUGUGUCUCUUCUCACAAGUAUUACAGCCUUUCUCCUAAACCUCUUUGCUUAGUUGUUAUGUGCUUACUGUGGUGCUCACUGUAGUGUGCUUAUCCUGCAUCAUCUCUGGUGCCCGUCCUGACGUUUGCCAAUUCUGACUGUGUUUCUGCUCAUUCCCUAUUUGUACUUCGUUUGGUGAAUAAUUUUAAGCCACCUUCUGCAUUGAGGGCAUCUUCCACUAAAACCUUCUAGUGUGCUGAAGGUUGACUACCCCUGCGAGGAGUGUGUGAGGAUGUGGGUAUAUGUGCCUCAAAUGGCAUUAAUCUUUUGGGUGCUCAAGGUGUGCCCAACACCUGACACAUCCGACACCCAAAAAGUAAGUCUAUCUUAACUCUUUAUUCAUUGGUUGUAAAUAUUAGUGCAUACCUUCCAGGUGUCCUUGUUUAGGAGGGACAGUCCCUAUUUUGGGACCAAAACCCUCUGUGCCUCUUUUCUAUCCUAAUGUCUAUUCAUAGGAGUUCCAUAUUGUUUGUGUUUUUUAGUGUAACAGCAAUAAAUGUCUCAGUAAUGUGUAUUUAAACUACAAUAAACUUAUUUUGAAAUAAAUCUUUGUAAAUUAGAUACAUUCCUUAAAUAUCAUUUUAGCUGCAUAUUAGUAAGUCACCUAAAAUUUCUCAAAACAGCCGCCCCACCACUGGCCAAACUCACCCCUAAAAUGAAAGUGUCUCUCUACUCUGUUCAUUUGAAAUGUUUGUAGAUGUGAUAGGGGAAUUUGAAAAGCGUUGGCUGGGUACCAUGGGAAAUGUAGUUCACAAAGAACAGCAGUGCCAAGGUUAGCCAACACGGCUUUAGGACAUGAAGACAAGUCCCCAGCUGCACUCAGUGCAAUUCCUAUAAUUACUCUUUCGCCUUCAGGAUUCCCCCGGGAAUAUUUCUUGCUAACAACUGAUUGAGGCUUUGACAUAGAAAUUUUAAUACUGUGGCCGUGUCAUUUUCAUUAACCGAGGAAAAUAAAGUCACAUGGAUAGGUAAAUUUAUUGGUUUCUGAAAAUAAUUUAAUAGCAUAAGACAUAAGAGGUUUAGGUGAAGUAAUGUUUAUUCUGCAUGAUGUAAAUGAUUUCAUAAAAUACAAGAUUCAAUAAAAUGCGUAUUCAGGAAAUGAAAGGUUUACAUAGCUCACUUGAGAAUUUUUCCACCUUACCUGUUUUAGCGAAUAUCUCUUUUGUUGUUUUAGUAUAUACAUGAUGACAACUAUAAUAAUUGCGUUGAGUGAUUUAAUGUUUGUAACUUUAAUCAAGCUGUAUAACCUUUAACUAUACUUAAAGGGGCACUACAGUGCCAGGAACACAAAUGUGUAUACCAGACACUGUAGUUCUAAAACCACCCCUUUGGGUAUCGUCUCCCCUUACCUGAGGUUAGAAAGGUUAUUCACUCACCUUUUUCCAGUGCCGCGCCAGACUGUUCGCGUCUGUUUCCGCCCCUGAUCCACCUCCUUGGCUGACAUCAUCAGAAAUAAUUAUCUCAGCCAAUCACAAUGCUUUCCCAUAGGAAAGCACUGGACUGACUGAGAUGGUCAAUUCUGAUGAUCUCAGCUAAGGUGGCGGGGCAGGGAGCCAAAGGCUACCCUGGCCAAUCGGCAUCUCCUCAUAGAGAAUCAAUCAUUGAAUCAAUGCAUCUCUGUGGGGAAAGUUCAGCGUGUCCAUGCAGAAAAGGCAGUGUUUCCAUUAAAUAGCCUGCAGGGACGGACUAUACUCACCAGAACAACUAUAAUAAGCUGUAGUUGUUCUGGUGACUAUAGUGUGCCUUUAAUUUCUUAUCCAUAUAUUCAGCAGACGUUGGUUUAUUUCAAUUUAUUUAAUUUGAACCCCUUUUUUAUGUCUGGGUAGUAUUUUAAAUAAAACAUAAGCCAGUGCUGAAUUUCAUCAGAAUAAAUGCUUUUUAAAAGGAUAUGUUUAUAAUAAAACAUAUUAAAUGCCACUAAGAUUUUUUUUUGUUUAAUUCUAAACAAUAUUCUAUACUGAUGUUAUUUUCAUCUAACCAAUCUUAAGAAAAUUUAGUUCUAAUUACUUAACACGUCACCUGACAGUUUUGGAAAUGGAGGUGGCCAUUUUGGAACUUCAUCCAAUAGGUCUUCUACUUUCUAUGCCAAAAUAGACAAAUUGGGAGAAAUAAUCUUUUGAAAAGCAGGGUUAUUCUCUAAGUUUUUGGUAAUUUACCAGAGAAUUAGAAAUUGCUAUGUUGGCCAAUUUGUCAUCUGCUGUAAUAUGGUGUACAGUUGUUCCAUAUUACCACUUCUCUUACUAUUUACCAAAUUAUGUUACAUUGGAUUAAUGUUCAUGUCCCAGAACAAAAUGUUGGUAAUAAGUUUUUUCCUUCAGUAUCACGCCAUUAUUUUCUGAGCUCAGCCGGACAGCGCAAGGUUUAGCUAAUUGGUUGAGAGCAAUCAGUUGAUGCUCUCAGCUAAUGAUCUAGCCCUGCACUGAAAGGCCUAACUCAGGAAAGCUAGCAGAAGCUCCUAGCAGGAGCAUGAGCGCCUGUCACCACAACCACUACAUUAUGCUAAAGUAGUUAUGGUGUUUGGAGUGUUCCCUUAACCCAGGGAGCCUGAUCAGAGCUCCAUAUAUAUGGAAGGAUGAAUGCUUGGAUGGAUAUGCUAUUAUGGCCUACAAUUUUGCUACUCCAUGGUGAAAUUCAGUUUCUAAGACAGGGUGCCUAGACAGUGUAAUCAAAGAUUUUAUUUUGCCAUUUUGACUUCCCUUCGAGAUGACAGCAUAAGAAGAGUCAAUGUAUUUUCCUGUUAAACAGAAAGCGUGAACUUUAAGCAGCGUAAUAUGUAUUAGCACGCACCAGGGCUUUUAAGUAAUUGGUUUGGUAAUGAAGCAUACUGGAAGCAAUGCAUUGCUGCCUACUUUAUAAACCCAGCUUGAAUCCCACAUUGAAAAUCCCAUGGGGUCCACUGGAAACACUUAAGCCCAGGCAAUUGACCUUUAAUCUGCGAGAACGCUUUCUUCAUCACAAUUGUAGCCCAUAGUUAGACGUGUCACAACUUCCACAUGUAUUUAGAUAAUUUGAAAACACGUACCACACAAUGCGCAUGUUGAAUAAUGUAUAAAUCUUAGGAGGCAUAAAAAGGCUUUUUGUUAGCCAGCGAGGUGGUGUAUGGAUUCGCUAUACUCAUUAAUAAUUAGAAAUACACAAAAACAAACUGCACUAUGCAUGUCCUGCUUUCACACUAAAUAAAAUGCAGCAGUGUCCUUACGUUUGGUUACAAAGAAAAAUAUACGGUACAUUUCUUUUAUCAAUAACCUUGCCUGUAAUUACAUAGACACAUUUUAAAGCUACUUAGUAUAAUUACCACACUGUAGAAUAUUUACACAUGCAUACAGUGCAUAGGACAAAAGAUCUUUUAAAGGGACUCAGAGAAAUUAAACUCCAUUUGUAAUAAAAAACAGAACCUCUAAGCCACUUCUUAUCAUGAAAUUAUAUAUAUAAACAAACGCUGGAGAUUCUGAAAGAAUGAAAGAUUGUUCAACAGGGAUUUAUAUAGGAAAUGUGGCAGAAUUGUUAUUCUUGAAAGAAAUGAAUGAACGUGCUGCAAAAGAUAAAAAGGCAGCUUUUGGCUAGCUGUAUUAAUGUUUUUUCAUAAAUGGAUUAAUGUGUUCGUGUCUAUGAAGAAGACGAUCAGAAUACAUGCUUUUUAAAGGGAUAUUUUUUUAAAGGUCAAAUGGGUUUGGAAGGACAGAGCAGUAAAGAUAGAGAAGGUAAAAGAAAAUGCAUUUUAGAAUAUCUUUUUAUCAUUACACACGUUAACAGUUCGGCUAGUACAGUGUGACAGUAUAAUUCAUAGUAUAUAAAAUAGCAAACACACCUUACAGUUUCUGCAGAGGUGGCAGGACUGGCGAUCCCACCAAACCAGAGGUGAAAAUGUCAAGCGGUAGCAGUUUGGUUGGGCCAGGCCUGUGAAAUAUGUGACCAGGCUUAAUUUUUUCCCCAUACUGGCCUUGGUAGCAAAAUUUCAUCCAUGUAAUGUGCUGUAAUGACACAGAUGAUACAAAAUAUUGCUUUUUACUAAGUUAUUUAGUAAAUUUGUCCCUCUUAAAAGAUUAGGAGAUAUGUACUGUAGAUUUUCUUUAUUUUAUCAUUAGAGUUUUAUUGAAUUUCCCGUCAAGGUGGGAUACAGAAAAGACAAAGGGAAGGGAAGGAAGGGCAACAUCAAUAAGGCAUCACAAAAUAUGUCAACAUAAAUCCUAUAUGGUGCAUCAAACAAGCAGUCUAGCAUGAAUUAUCGAAAAUGUCAACCAGUGAUAUACAUGAAAUACAUACAUAGCAUAUGCAAGGAAAUUAAGAUCCAAUGACAUCUUUUCAGACUGCUAGGUGAAUAACAAAAGGAACGCAGUAUAAGUUAACGCGGAUAAAGAAUUCAAGACAUCACAAAUCUGCAGUAUCAUUUGUACUAUAGAUUAUUUUUGUAAUUAACAUUUAAUUGAGGUUUUAUGUCAAUACACAAAAGACAACAAAUCAGAAAUCCAAAUAAGCAAAGACGAGGCAGAAAAGAAAAAGGUCUAACAAUUAAAGAAAUUAUGGACAGAACCAAAUCCCUCCUCACAGAGAAUUGUAACACAGAUCUAGAGAUUAAAAGAUAAAUACUCAGAAAAAGAUGUAGAAGAAGGAAAAGAGAGUGCUCAGGUGAGAGACCCCAUUAGACGAUAAGUAGGCAGGUUCUUCAACACAAGGGCUACACCACCAACUGGUUCAGAGGUAGGACCUGAGGGGCAAAACCGUCCAAUGAAGGGCUCCAUAUUUUAUGAAAAUUAUCGGUAAUCUCCUGAACAUGGAAAAAUAAUUGUCUCUUAAAUUCUGUAAUAGGUUUCAGUUCUGCAUGGCCCCUCUCCCUUUCUUGGUAGCUGUUUGGAGAAGCUUAUUUGAGAACAUCUAGGCAUGUAAAAAUUGGGGCCGGUUUGAAAUCUGCCCUGUUUCAGCUUGUUUUGCACAUGCCUGGUGUCCUUUAAAAAGGAAUUUCAGGAAUUUGCAUUGAGUUGCUAUUGGGCCAGUAGAACCAGCUGCGCAUGAGUGGAGGCAUGCUAUUGUCCUCACUAUUCAGGGGCCAUCAUUGGCUGAUAGCACCAGGGGUUGCAGUUACAGUGCCCACAGGAGAGAGAUGCAAGAAGCCAUCUUUGAAGCAACACAGAUAGUGUUACUCUCCCCCUGCAGUCUGGGGCUGUGACUUUGAGGACUGAUCUUAUUCUGAUUUCAAUCUGUUUUAAUCUGUAAUGAUUGUUGAUCUACCAUGCCAGCUACUUCCAUUGUAGGUUGAUUAUAUUGAUGGUUGCAAAUGUAAUGGGUCUGUCAGUAUCCUGCUGCUUUAACCCUGAGUACACUGUGUGCUGAGAGCUUAUAGUGAGUCAGGAGUAUCUCACAUGGUUGGAAUAUGUUAGUAUAUCCAUGCUUUAAAGGAACACUGUAGGCACCCAGACCACUUCAGGUAAUUGAAGUGGUCUGUGAGCUGUGACCCUUUUGCACUUAGUGCCCUCUGUGGCUGCCUACCAGACAGGCACUAGAGGGCUUCCGGAAUCCAAAUGGACGUUUGGUCCGUUAUCUGAUGCUGGAUAUCUUCACGGACCUCCAGCGUCAGAAUUUCCACAUAGGCAAGCAUUGAAUAAUGCUUUCCUAUGGGGAGGUCUAAUGCAAUCGUGGCCAAUGCCGCGCAUGCGCAUUAGGUCUCACAGCCGGCUUAUGUCGGCGGGGGAGGAGCAUGGGCGGAGCCUGACCCAGCGCCGAUGUCAGGUAAGUGGCUGAAGGGGUUUUAACCCCUUCAGCACCGCAGGAGUUGGGCCCCUAGGGAGGGGGGCACUCCAAGAGCCUAUAGUGCCAGGAAAAUGGGCUUGUUUUCCUGGCACUGUAGGAUCCCUUUAACCAUGUGCACACUGAGUGCUGAGAGCUAUUGGAGUAGCUGACAUGUUAUCAUAGCUUGAGCAUUACUGAAGAUCAUGAAAGGGAGAACUAAGAGAAAGCUAGGAAGACAGACAGAUAGAGCGAGAGAGCUGGAUCAUUACACAGAGCCAUGUACUGUGUGGGGAUCUCUGUAUUACAGCUCUGUGUAAUCCAUCACAGUGAUCCUGGCUGUGUAGGAUCGUUAUGAGUAUCUCCUUAUUGUGCCCGCUCUGUGUUAAUACUCUGUAUUUUACUCAACUCUACCUGUUGUAUGGGUAUUUCUGUAGUAUACCCAGCUGUGUGCACUGUAUUGGUAUCUUUGUAUUAUGCCCAACUCCUUUUAUUAUAUAUAUUUUUUUUCUCAGCUGUGUUUGUGGUAUGGCUAUCUCUGUAUUGUACUCAGAUCUGUGUAUUUUAUAGAUAUAUUUAUGUUGUGCCAAGCUUGUUUUAUUGUAUGAGCAUCUCUGUAUUAUGCUCAGCUCUCUGUAUUGUAUGAGGAUCUCUGUAUUAUGUUCAGCUCUCUGUAUUGUAUGAGUAUCUCUGUAUUAUGCUCAGCUCUCUCUAUUGUAUGAGGAUCUCUGUAUUAUGCUCAGCUCUCUGUAUUGUAUGAGGAUCUCUGUAUUAUGCUCAGCUCUCUGUACUGUAUGAGGAUAUCUGUAUUAUGCUCAGCUCUCUCUAUUGUAUGAGGAUCUCUGUAUUAUGUUCAGCUCUCUGUAUUGUAUGAGGAUCUCUGUAUUAUGUUCAGCUCUCUGUACUGUAUGAGGAUCUCUGUAUUAUGCUCAGCUCUCUGUAUUGUAUGAGGAUCUCUGUAUUAUGCUCAGCUCUCUCUAUUGUAUGAGGAUCUCUGUAUUAUGCUCAGUUAUGGGGAGGAGUCUGGCGCGCCACCAUCCUUAAAAUUCACAAGCCACCACUAGAUUCUGGAUCUAGUUAAUCACGCCCUAAAUGUCUUAGUGGGUAGCACUGAAUACCAAAAUACUAAUUUCACCGGUAGCAGGUCUUUCUCUCAACGAUUACACUAAAUCCUCCUGCAGAUGACUUUAUAAAUAAUGCAAGAGGAACUGUCUCUUAGUGAGGCAGAUAAUGCAAAAUAAUUACCACAGAUGCUGCUAAUUUGAUUUAUGUGACAUUUUCCACUGGAAAGACGUUUUGUGGUUGAGAUUAAUAAUUUAGAAUAAGAGGCAAUCGUUUUGUGAGAAUUGCUGGGAAGAUGUGGAGAAAUGAUAUGUUUCUAUAAAUAGUAAAAAUACUAGUGAUUUCAUCUGACACGGUGUUCGUAAAUUUAUUGGAGCAAUCUGCUUGAGGAUAGAUUGCUCACAUCGAGGCUCCAAACUGUUACAGUCUGUUAUUCUUUGCUGGUCUGUUUUUCAUUAUCUUUGGCGACAGUGAAUACGUCCACUAGCUCUUAAACCACAUUUAUUGCCAUGGGGUACUAUAAAUAUACCUGCCGAAUGACAGCAUGAUCGGAAGACACAAUUGGUGUGAAGAGGCAAAGGACAAUAGAAUCUUCAUUUUAGUUAUAAUUAAUAUGCUGUUCAGUUGAAUUAGGAGUGUUAAGCUAAGUGCUUAAUUGGAUAAUAUUAGGUCACAAAUCUAUUAAAGGGAAUCUAUUGUCCUGGGACAUCAGAGGGACUGACAAUAAAGAAAGAGAAAUACAUUUAGAAUGGGAAUAUUCCCUAUGUUAAAACAAAACAAAAACUACAAUAUGUGUACAAUGUUUGUACGUGUAGCAUUGUGUAUGUGUAGUAGUGUAUGUGAAUACUGUUUGUGUAGCAGUGUAUGUAUAACAGAGUGUGUCAGCGUAUGCAUACUGUGUCUGUGUGUAGUAGUGUGUCAUUAAUAGUAUUGUGUAUACUAAGUAUAGCAGUGUGUUAUGCAUACUGUCUAGUCUUAGUGUGUAUAGUGUGUAUGUGUGUAAACUUUGCCUAAGUGUGGGCAUAGCAGUGUGCGCAAAUUGUGUCCUGUGUUUGUGUCAGUGUGUAUAUAACUAAAUAGAAGAAAGGUCCAGGCACACCAAGGUACAAGCCAUGCAAGUUUCUUGAACCCACUCCAUCAUAACGUUUCGACCUACACGGUCUUUGUUAAGUCUUGACAAAGACCGUGUAGGUCGGAACGUUGUGAUGGGGUGGGUUCAAUAAAAUUGCCUGGUUUGUACCUUGGAGUGCCUGGACCUUUUUUUCUAUUUUGUUACUCAGCAUUUGGUCUCUGCUACUGAGACUGUCCGAGUUGCACCCAGCUACAUACUACUUAAAGGGACAGAGUGCAGUUCCACACCCUACCAUAACUACUUCUGAAGUGUGUUUAUAACUGUGAAUGUGUGUGGCAUUGUGUAUCAUUGUGUGUAUGCUGUGUCUGAAUGUGAGGUGUUAUUGUGUAUAUAUAGCAAUGUGAGGAUUCUGGCCCCAUUUCUUUCCCAGAGUCUAGUUAAAGAAAAAUACCGGCCACUGCAUUGCUGGUAUUUUUUAAUACCGGCACCAGCCAAACAGCUUCAAAUACCGGUUGUGCUGGUAAAAUGCCGGCCAAGUGGCAACACUAUUUCUAGCACCAAGACUUCUCCACUGCAGGUUCCAGCUCCUCCUCUGUUGAUGUAAGCAACCAAGGUGACGUCACUUGCCACAUUGUGGAAUCCAAUACUUCUCAUAGAGAAGUAACAGAUUGAAAUUAGGCGUGCUCGGCCAAAAGCCACGCUGUGAGCAGCAUUUCACUCAGUUCUGGAGGAAGAAAUGCCUCUAGUCAAUGUCUGGAAAAAUUCCAACUCAGUUAAAUUGUAACUCAGCCAAUGUAAGUAUUUCAGAAAUAUUCUAUAUGUAAUAUUCAUACUCAGGGGUUAGGGGAUGACAGAACCAUUUAAAAUUUGUAUUGUUUUUGAGAUAGUGCUUCCUGCCAGCCCACCCGAAAAAGCAUGAGAUCUUUUAUUUUAAACUAGGACCAUCCUGAUGGUCCAUGAGGUAUGAACUUCCUGUCCACUGCCAAUAUUAUUUGUAUAUAUGUAGGUAUGGAGGGACUGAAUGAUCAGUAACAUGCACAAUUCAUGGACCAGUAUAAUUUUGUGUGGUAAUUAAAACUGUUUUGUUUAUCUCCAAGCUUUUCCUACAAUUUCAUGAACAAUAACAUGGUUAGCCUCUUUUGGCAUUUAGGGCAAUCGUCUGAAGGGUGUGCAUUGGUUUUCCUUAGGAGUUUAACGUUGAUCUGUCACCAAAAAUAGACUUCAUCAAAUAUAUUCCAAUAUAAUGCCCCUUGUCUGAGUCAUUUUCUAUUUUUACAGAGUGCACUGGUUUUCAUAAAAUACGUAAUGAACUAAAUACAUGAUAUAAUUUAUGUUUAGCAGUAAGAAGUUUGAGCAAGGUUCUUAUUCAGCUGACAAUAAAAUUUAUUUACAAUGAAUAAGUAGAAUGAAUCCCACAGAAGAGCCGACAGCAGAUUUGGAUAGAGGAGAACAAAAUGGUUGUUUACGGAUAUUGAUAUCCCGCAGAAAGAUAAUAUAUAAUAUAAAGAAUGGAACAUGGCAAGUUUGGCAGUAUGAUCAUUAAAGGAACACUUUAGAGUCAGAAAUACAAACAUGUAUUCCUGACCCUAUAGUGUUAAAACCGCCCCUGUCUUCCCUUACCCCCCUAAAUAUGGCAAAGUCUUACCUUUACUACAGUCUGCUGUUGCUGGCUCUGCCACUGAUAUGUCUGCUUGGCUAACAUCAUCAGAAGUGGUGUUCUUAGCCAAUCACAAUGCUUUCACAUUGGAUUGGCUGAACUUGUCAACGAGGCAGAUCAGGGGCAGAGCCAGCACAAGCCAAACACAGCCCUGGCCAAUCAUCAUCUACUCAUAGAGAUUCACUGAAUCAAUGCAUCUCUAUAAAUGAAAAUUCAGUGUCUUCACUGCAGAGGGUGGAGACACUGAAUGUCAGUACUGCACACUGUGCAGCACUGCCCCAGGAAACACCUCUAGUAGCCAUCUGAGGAAUGGCCAGUGGAGGUAUCCCUAGGCUGUAAUGUAAACACUGCAUUUUCUCUGAAAAAAAAACACUGUUUACUUUAAAAACCCUGAAAGGAAUGAUUAUACCCACCAGAAUAAAUAAAAUAAGCUGUAGUUGGUCUGAUGAUUAUAGUGUGCCAUUAAGAGACAGAGAGCAUAAAGAACUGAAUACCCAAAUAAAAAAUACUUGACAGACCCACUUUAUGGUCUGACUUUGUCAUCAAUAUUCUUGUGGCUGUGGUCACUGAUUCAGAAAACAGGGUUUUAGAAUAUCACCUGAACAGUACUUAACAUGGACACCGAUUAAUUCAGCACAUGUCAAGAAGAUAUUUUGAUUGAAUUCAUUUAUACUUUUCCAGUUUCUCUUCUGAAUGUAUAAUUCAGCUUGUUCAAUAAACCUCAAGCACUAAAUACUUUCUCAGUGUACAGCAGAAAUGCCCUACAUUCCUUGUUUGUCUUAGAUACUGACAUCUUAAAUUAAGAUUUAGACUUAUGUAUCUCCAAUUUAUUAGAGAGCCAUAAAAUACAUUUCGUUCACUGAUAUUUUAAUUAUGUGAGGAGUAAUAAACCAGGUUUGGGGAAUUCCUCAGCAGUUAAUUACUGGUUUAGCUGAGGGAAAAUACUGAAAGGUCUUUGACUACCGACUUGAGUUAAUUCAAGCAAAUGCAUUUCUACUUCAUUGGCAAAUGAUGCCAGGGGCAAAGAGAUGAAAAUAAAAACAGUUCGGUAUUUCUGUCCCUCUCCUCAUCGGUGGUUGAAUAUGUAUAAUAUGUAUAGUUAUGAUUGCAUAGAUGUGUCUGCAGUUUGGAAUCCUCCCUUCAGAAUCCUGUGACUUCAGGUUUCAUCGUUGGGCAUUUGAAGAAAAGUGGCUUCAAGUUUCUCACACAUUCACCACACAAUAAACAUUGGGUAUUUCAGUAUUGUGUUUAAAUUGUUUCUAUUUAAAAGUUAGAUGACUUGAGCCAAUUUGAAAUUAUCCUUAAAGGGACACUAUAGGCACUAGAAUCACUACAUCUUAAUGGAGUGGUUCUGGGGCAAAGAGUCUGUUCCUGGGCAGUGUAAAUGCUGCAUUUUCUGAAAAAAGGCAGUACAGUAUUUGCACUGCUGACUAGCUUCCUGGGUUCGGCUCUGCAUAGAGACACUGAACCAUACCCAUAGAAAUCCGUAGAGUAAAUGCAUCUCUAUGAGAAAAUGCUGAUUGGAGCGGUGCAGUGAUUACCGUGCAUGUGAUCUCCCAACGCUUUUAUGUGAUUUAUGAUCUCAGCCAGUGGAGGCAUGGUGGCCACACAGAGAUUGGCUUUCUAGGGGAUGUAAAGUAAAUAAAUAUAUUUUUUUAUACAAUUUCCUUUAAUGCUUCCUUGGCACAUAUAUGGUUUUAAGUAGGGCUCUUUAACAAUGAGUUGUCAAUCAAGAAACGGCCAAUCCAUAUAAAGAUUAGUGCUGUACCCUCGGCUGCUGUAUCUAGCACUGCUGUGUGACACUCAAUUUUCCCUUAGUGCUACCAACAGCACAGCAGCAACUAGGUUUUAGGAGGACUAAAAGAAAGUGCACAUGAGCGCCUGUUUAACUGAACUUACAGUGGAAUUAGAGUUAAAUUCAAAUUAUUAUUUAUUUUUUUUAUUGGUAAGGGCCUAUCUAUAAGGGGGUUCAAGUAACAAAUUCUGGAAGGGAAUGGAUGUUGUGCAUACUUUCUGUGUAUAGGACAGGAAAUAUUCUAAACAAAUCACUGACUGUACGCUCCAACACAAUGCAGGAGGCAGGGAAUGGACAAUGUCUGGGGCAGUGUGGGUCACUUUAUUGAAAGCAAAGUUUAUUUAUAGAGUUGAGAUAAAACAGGCUUAUUUAUUGCAAAUAGUGCCCCUCCACUUUCUCGCUGUUAAAUUUAGAAAAUAGUCGUAUGACAAACGGAAAGAGUCUGUUAUAGUCAUAGGAAAACAUCUUAAAAGCUUCUGCAUUGUUUUUGUCUACAUAUUGUAAGAAGAAUAAAAUGUCAGAUCUGCAUAAUUUUAUUUCUGCUAGAGUGGAUGUUUUGUACAAGUGAAAGAGUUAAUGUUUUAGGGAAAUAGUUAAUGCUUUUGUAGCGGACCGGCAAUAUUAAAUCCCACGAAUUCCGCUGGUACAUACAGUAAUCCACAGUCAGCGCUGAAAAGCAAGGCAAUAUCCCAAAUCUCCCAGUAACCGGACGAAACACAGUUCUGAGAGUCAACUGAGGUCUUUAUUUUCAGCUCCACAAUUUAUACAAUUCCCCAUGCAAGGGGUUUCCUGAGUCCCAUCCCAGGGGCAUUCCCAGAGUGGACUACAUGGGGAACUUCCAUUACAGAGCCUUUCUCCCAUGAGGCACUGCUGCACGAGAGGGAUACUUCCACUGGAAUAUACUGUUAAGUGGAUUAUCCCUCCGUGCAGCAGAACCGACAAUUUAUAUUAAAAUACAUAACUUUUCGAAUAUGCAGUCUAUUUGCACGAAUGGACGUUCGGUAGAUAGCUGGGGUCUGAGCGCAUCAUUCGUGAGAUUACCGCUCAGAUCCCAGCUAAAACAACCGAACGCCGCACGAAAAACACAUUCAUUAAAAUACAUGUUCAAAAGACCGAUUGAAGUCUAGGGAACAUAAUACCGAACGGCCCGGAACUCCCAGACGGCCUGGAAGCUCAGCGGUGUUCGCGCCGUCGAGUAGCCGUUUUUAGUACCAUGCGCUUGACGACCAAACACCGCUGAGGGAACAAAGGAUCCAAGAUGGCCGACCGCCGCAUGGUUGGUAGUCGAACGGCGGCCACCUAGGAGAGCCUCUAAUUACCGAUUGCAACAUUGUUGCAAUCGGUUAACAAGCGCCACACGCCUCUAAGUGUGUGGGCUAUUACAUGGUGGUUUUUCGGUUCACGAACGGCCCGCAAAGGUGCCGUUCGUGAAACGAAAUGAAAUACAGCUAUCUGCAUAGCCAAUACAGGAAAUACAGGGUAUUACAACCAGCAUACCUUAUACAUAGUUAAACACAUAUCCCACAACCAUACAGGCAACCCUUAAAGGCACAGUCUCUUUAUAGUGUCCAAGUGGCUAGGUUUGCCACAGCUUUGUAUAGGUGAAAUAGUGAAUAUGUAAGGUAUCCAUGCAUACACCAACUUUGCUUUGGACCAACCUUGCUUCUGUCUUCCAUUGGUGGCUUUGCUGCACCAACCACUACUUUCUUCUCCACCAAAGAUCAAAAGCAAUCCUUAGUUUUACCCGAGUGCCAAACUUGGUGGAGGAUGAGGAAAAAGAUAUGGCUCUCUUUCACUUACUCUCGUAAAUAAUAGGGAUAAACUGAUUAUCGGUUCUGCCCACUAUUAGAGAUAUUAUAGCAUUUUACCGAUAAUCAGUAUUGGCCUUUUAAUUUUCAAAUAAUACCGAUAACUUACCUCUCCCAGUCAUCACACACGGUCUUCUGCAACUCUAGCAGCCAGCCAAUAAAGCGCCACGUCAUGACCUCAUGUUACCCCUUUUUGAAAAUCACAGCAUGCAGAGCUCAGCUGAAGGCAGGGCGGUAAGACAGUGAAUAAUCUACUAUAAUGAACAGGGCUGGUUGACAGAGUGAUAGGAGUAUGUUUGCUGUCAGUAAUCACACUCCUAUCAGUAACAGCACUAUACAUGCUGGGAUCUCACUGAUCCAAGCAUGUAUUGGCUGGCUUAGAGUUACAGGAGUGUGAUUACUUUCCGCAUGUUCAGGUAAAGCCAGAUUUCUGUAGAAAUUGUGCUACUUUUUCAAAACGUUAAUUUAACUUUAGUCGAUCCCUAGUAAAUAUCGCUAUCUUUCCAAACGGAAGGUUGGCUGACAUGUUCCAUCUUAUUUCAUUUCAUCAUUAACCCUAGUGUGUAUAUGCCAUACACAUACUUUACCAAACUGUUGUGAUUAUGGUGCUUGAAGUGUUUCUUUAAUUAUUGUCAACUAUCAUAUUUAAAAAUAAAUUAUACGCUUGAUUCUCUCCUCAGACUGAGUCCACCAAAAAUGCUUUAAAGGAACACUAUAGCGUUAGGAAUACAAACCUGUAUGUCCCUAAGUUUAUCUGUCUCCCUGUUCAACAUGAAAAUAGUUAACAAAUAGUUAACAAAAGUUAUUUUGCUUACCUUUUUUUGGCUAGGUGUCCCACAGCAUCAUGGCGGUGGUGGGAUCGAAUGCGCAUGCAUGGUGGGCACCACGUGCAGCUGGUGCCCGCCAUAGGAAAGCAUUGGAUCAGUGCUUCCCUAUGAGGAACAUAUAAGAUGUUAGACGUCUUCAUGCAAAGAUAGCGGAGUAAACUCCACUAGGAACCCAGAAGUGCUUCUAAUGGGAGUCUGGAAACAGCCACUAGAGGCGGAGUUAACCUUACAAUGUAAUCACUGCAGUUUCUCAAUGUACAUUUAAGGGUUAAACAGGCAAAGGCACUUCACUCAGACCACCCAUGAUGUAAAGUGGUGAAAAAAAUCUUAAUUCACUUGCCUGAUUCCAGCACCAAUGUCCCUCAGCCCUGGGUCGGGCUAAUCCUCUGCCAACAUCAGCAUGCGUGCAUUAGCCCUUUCCCAUAGGAAAACAUUACACCAGUGCUUUCCCAUGGGGUUUUUGGAAAAGGCUGGAUGUCCUCAUACAAAGCGUUAGGUUAUCCAACGUCAUUUCAUAGAGUCAAACUUCGGUAAAGGCCAGAAAGCGGCUCUAGAGUCUCUUAAACCUGCAAUGUAAACAUUACAGUUUCUCUGAAACUGCAAUUUUUGCAGCUGCGGGGCUAAGGGGACAGGGACACUUCAAUGAGAUGGAUGCCUAUAGGGUCCCUUUAAUGUUUGCAAGGAAUGUUCAGUGUGUACAUGACACAGAUUUCAGCAUUCAAAUAAUCUAGAAUAAACUAGGCAUUGUUCCUAUAUGAUGUUAUUGCAUGUGCUUUUUUUGAGCCAAGGAAAUGUGUUAUAUAACAAUAGACAUUUCACCGUUUCCAUUUAACGCUGUAAAAUAAUUAGCUUUUGUCAUAAAUCAUAUAGUGACAAAAUUCACACAGUUAGUGUGAGAACUCCCUAUACACAGCAGUGUAUAUCUUGAUUUACUAUGCAAGGGCAAUACAGGUUUAAGACCUGUUAGCAAUUAACAGUCUCCUGUGUGUACUUGUGUGCAAUGUGCAGAUUAAAUGGACACGAUAAGUACCAUAACUACAACAACUUUAUGUAAUGGUUCUAGAUCUAGGAGGCUUUGGGUACAGCCCCUCUGGUUUUUGUCAAAGCACUCGGACUUAUUUGGAAUGCCAACAAAAAGACUGGAUGCUCUUAUCAGAAAAUGAAAUGUUUUGUAACAGGAAACAGGUACAAACUGUAAAAAUACAUAGAACGCAGGGAUUUAUUCCCUAAACAAGGAAUUGUGAAGAAUUAAUAGGGAAAUUGCUAAUUUUGCUGAAUAAAGUGGAAUUAAAGAAUUUCACAGCUAACCUUUUUGGUUCUACAAUGCAUGGUUCACUUUUCAUUUGUACAAGAUUCACAAGUUCUGUCUGCUUCUGUCAUUCUGUUUCUAAAAAUGGUAUUUAAAAUAUAACAAGGUGCUUCUGCUUUAAUAAGCAUGUUAGCGACUAUCCCAUUAAGAGUGAAUUGUCACAUGAUAUUGAAACGUGGUUAAUCUAAAUAGGCCAGUUCUGGUUAGAUGGUGGAAUUUGUGUGGGGCUGGGUAGACCAUGGACAAAACGUCUUUUCUGACGGUCCAGCAUUCAUGUGUAAAUCCCAUAAUAUCUGUGGGAGGCACUGACUGAGCCAUCUCAUGUAUGCUAAUUUUAUUUCUUGUAAAUCUUUUAUUAUUGAAUGCAUUUCUUUCAAACUCGUUCCACUUCUUAUGUGUGUCACUGUUAGCAUUAGUACAGAGUUGCACAUGGGUCAUUUACCACACUGGAAAUUGAGGAGAAUUGACCAGGGAUAUAUCCAGAAUUCUCAGAUAUCUCCAGAAUCUCAAGAAAUCUUUGCUAAGAUGUGAGGUGGAAGCUAUUGGUUUCUGUGUUCCUUGGAGCUUAUUCACUGAAUAUGUUAAACAAAGCAUAAUAAAAUAAAAACACAGUCAGCCAGACAAACAGACGUACAGCCGGGUAGGCAGCCAUACUAACAAAUGUCUGUCCUUUUCCUCCAAUCAGCAGCCUCUAUCUCCCAGAAGCUCAGCUCACAUUGUUAUCCAUCUCCAUGCAUACAGAGUGGUGGAGGCAAGUCCAGGGACACAGACAGUGAAAUGAAUGCGUGGCUAAGGAAACAGUUAAUGCUGCAGACAUUUAAAAAACAAAAAAACAAAACUAAAUACAACUGAGCAAUGGCAAAAAUACAGUGCACAUAUGGGGCCAAUGAGCAUAAGUUGUGUUGGUGGCAAUAAUGUCCCUUUAGCUUAAAUCCUGCCUCCGAACACUGUCCAUUUAAAUGCCAGGGUUCAUUUGUGACAUAUUGGGAUCAUUUGUCCAUUAUUUUAUUUAUUAAUAUUGUUUUUGUUUCUUUUUGUCAGCCUUGCGCUCCAUCCAGAAAGAACGCUGGUUGCCACAGGACAGGUGGGAAAAGAUCCUUAUAUCUGCAUAUGGGAUUCAUACACCGUGCAAACCGUGUCCAUUCUGAAAGAUGUGCACACACAUGGAGUAGCUGGCUUGGCGUUUGAUUCCGAUGGACAGGUUUGUAUCAUUAAACAUAUUGGACAGUAUCACUAUAUAAAAUGGGAGAUCCUUUACAGUUGAAUAAAUCCACUGCCUUAAAAAAAAUUGUAAUACAGUGUAAACAAUGUAUGUACAAAUCAUUAUUUUUAUUGUAUGUUGCAUCACAGUGCAAACUGACAUAUAUUACAAUGGAACACUCAUUACAGCCACUCCCAACGCCUGCACAGCUAUAUACAUUAUUGGGAAUACAUGUAGAAUUCCCAAUAAUGUAUAUGCUCUGAGUGAGUAAAUGAAAAAUGAUGUUACAUAGCGUAAUUUCAAGAAACAAAGCCUUUCCCACUUUGCUGGCCUAGAGGACUUGGAUCUUUAGAAGUACUGCUAAAUGUACGAUUAUGUUCCUUAAUUGAUUAUAACAAAUUCAUCUCUAGAGCAUCUUUUAUAAUAUAGAUUAUUUUUGCUUCCUGCAGUUGAGGAGCAUUGCUCAAUGGCCUCACAUUCAAGCAUCCACUUUAGCUCACUUGUCAUUAAACUAUGUCUUAUCAUAUAUAAGUAUCAAUUUAUUUUAAUUAUUAUUUACUUUAUACCAUAUAUAAUACCAACUUCAACUUUUGAUUGGAAGGAACUGACCCGUAUUUUCACUUAGAAUACUGAUAUGGGGAAUCACUUAAAUCUGUGGAUUGGUUAGAAAUCUUCGGGGAAUAUGCUGUUAAAUCAUCUAUAUAAACAGGGCCGGACUGGGGAUACAAAGCAGCCCUGGAAAAAAAAAAUUGUGCCAGCCCCAUAAGUCACUGCGCCAUAUAUUGUCGCGUGUAAUAUGUAAGGCUAUGUCUUGACAGGACAGAUGAUUGAGUAAUAUAUAUAUAUAUAUAUAUAUAUAUAUAUAUAUAUAUUGCUUUUUCUAAUAUAAAAUAUUGGUCCUUUCAGGGUAAAGCGUUUAAUUAUACAGUAAGCAUACGCACAUGCAGACACAGGCAAUUUCACUGACAUUUCAGUGACACACACAAGCUCAUUGAUACACAGCCUCAUAGACAAACAAUCUUACUGAUAUACAUCAGCUCAUUGACAUAAAAACACAAGCUCACUCACUAGCAGGCACACGCAUGCAAGCAAGCUCACUCACUAGCAGACGCACACACACAGCUUAAUGUGGUGGUACUGGUGUCUAUAGCAUGUCCCUACAGGCUUUUCAACGUAAACACUGACUUUUCAGACAAAAGGCAGUGUUUACAUUGCUUCAAAGUGACACUGCUAGUGACAGUCACUCAGACGGUCACUAGAGGUGCUUCCUGUGUUAGUGCACCUACAUUCAGGGCCUCCACACUCUGUAGGUGCUGAACGUUCCCCAUACAGAUACAUUGAUUCAAUGCAUCUCUAUGAGGAGAUGCUAAUUGGAGUGGCGUUUUGCAGCCAAUCCUAUGGCAAAGCAUUGGAUUGGCUGAGAUCAUCAAGCUUGAUGAUCUCAGCUAUAGAGGCAGGGCCAGUCGAGGGGAGACCAGCACGCUGCGUGGGGAAAAAAAAAAGGUGAGCAAAAACACUAUUUUUAAACACACAUUUACACCAUGACAGACACAGAAACACACAUAUACCAUGACAGAUACACACCCCAUUACAGACACACACACACCAUGACAGACCAUGACACAGACAGACACACACCAUGACACAGACAGACACACACCACGACGGACAGAUAGACACACACACACCAUGACGGACAGACACACACACACACCAUGAAUGACAGACAGACACACACACACCCCAUGACAGACAGACAGACACACAAACACACACACCCCAUGACAGACAGACAGACACACACACCCCAUGAUGGACAGACAGACACACACACCCCAUGAAUGACAGACACACACACACCCACCCAAUGACGGACAGACAAACACACACACACACACACACACCAUACAGACAGACACCAUGACACAGACAGACACCAUGACACAGACAGACACACACACACCAUACAUACAGACACCAUGACACAGACAGACAGACACAUUACUUAUACCUGCCAGGGGGAGGUCUUCUGGGGGCCGCUGGGGGACUUUUACCGCUGGGAAGGUCUUCUGGGGGCAUCUGGGGGACAUGUCCUGUCGGCCGCUGGGGAGGUCUUUUGGCGGCCGCUGGCGGACUUGUCCUGGCGGCCGCUGGGGGAGCUGCGUCGUCUUACUUACUUCCCUCCUUGGUCGUCUUACUACCCCACCUGUUCUUCUUACCCCCCUUCUUCUUCUUAACCCUCCUACUUCUUCUUACCCCCCUUCUUCUUCCUCCCCCUUACUCUUCUUACUCCCCUUUACUCUUCUUACUCCUCCUUUUUCUUCUUACCCCCCUCUUCUUCUUCUUACUCACCCCUUCUUCUUCUUACCCCCCUCUUUUUCUUAUCUCCCCUCCUGCUUACUCCCCCUCCCCCUUUUCUUACUCCCCCAUCUUUUUCUUACUCACCCCUUCUUCUUCUUACCCCCCUCUUUUUCUUAUCUCUUCUCCUUCUUACUCCCUCCCUCCCCUCUUCUUAUUUCCCUCCCUCCCCUCUUCUUAUUCCCUCCCCUCUUCUUAUUCCCCCCCUCUUCUUAUUCCCCUCCCUUCCCUCUUCUUAUUUCCCUCCCUCCCCUCUUCUUGUUCCCUCCUCCCCUCUUCUUGUUCCCCCUCUUUUAUUCCCCUCUUCUUGUUCCCCUCCCUCCCUCUUCUUAUUCCCCCCCUCUUCUUAUUUCCUCCCUCCCCUCUUCUUAUUCCCCCUCUUUUUAUCACCCCCCCUCUUCUUAUCCCCUCUUUUUAUCCCUCCUCUUCUUGCCCCCCUGUUCUUGCACCCCCUCUUGUUACCCCCCCUCUUCUUACCCCCUCCCCUGUAGCGUGGCCGAGCUGCACUCCGGUCCGCGGUGGCCGGCCGGCCGGAGUGAUAGGAAGGUGCACACUGAGUGUGCACUUCCUGUCAGUCCGGCCGGUUACAGGAAACAGAAACUCAGCGCGGAACAGGAGUUUUGUUUCCUGUAACCGGCCGGACUGACAGGAAGUGCACACUCAGUGUGCACCUUCCUAUCACGUACCCGAACGGUACCUUCCCAAGGCUUCAACAGCCUGAGGAUCUUAACAGAGCGCUCGGGCGGCUGCAGCAUUUAAAGGGCCGGCCCAGGAACGCGGACGGCCCCCAGGUGCCGCGGUCCACCGGGAAAUUUCCCGGUAUCCCGGUGGGCCAGUCCGGCCCUGUAUAUAAAUAUAUAUUCGCCCUGUGACUUCCCCGAAGAAACUGGAAAAUCAGUACAUGGAUGCACUGUUCAUGAGACAUUGCUAAAAAAGGAAUAAUAGGGCUUUCUUGCACUAACACAUAUCAGGAUUUAGAAAUUUCCUGUGAAAAUGCAAUUCAUGAGUAUGAAAAAGCACUAAUGAAAUUAUAACCACUAAAUGGGGCCAGCACAGGUGAGAAAGUGGUUUACCGAAAUAUCUGAAAAUACCCCAUUUUGAAUACCCUUUUGAACAGAGUAUUAAAGGACAUCUCAAUUACUGAAAAUGUGCAGAUCUCCCACAGAUACCUGCUGGAGGAUAUGUAGUCUUCAUGGUACAUAUCUGAUCAUGAUAGACUCAUUCCACUAUGCAAACAUGUUGGCAGCAUAAUUGUGGUGCUUAAUGCACCUAUUUGCCUGGAUCUGUGGAAAUAUUUGUUAUCUAAACCCUAACAUUUACUUACAUCUGUGGAACACGAAUUGUGGAAAUGGAAUAAAAUACUGUCUGGUCAAUACACAAACUGAGCCUAAAAUAAGAAUAUACAGUAGUCUGUUUUUAGGGCAGUCACCUUAGAUUUGGUUUUGCAACAAGUUCAUAUUAUCAAAAUAAGUUAAUGUAUUAGUAGGGGUAAAUAUGUGUAAACACAUGUAUCGCAGUUCCUUUAUGUUUGUGUCCUGUAAUUGAGUGCCUUCAUGUUGGCUAAUUGUCAGUGUUUGUUAUAAGAAGAUUAAACAAUGGUUCUGUUUCUCCUCCAUUAAUUCAAUGUGUGCCCUGGCUGUGCCUGAACUAAAUUGGAUUGUGAUGUCAGGGUCAAAAAUCUUUAAAUAAUGUACAUUUUGUGGAAAGUGGAAUAUCACAUGUUAUUAUUAUUUUUUAUUGAAAAGUGAAAAUAUUUAAAAAAUGUUUUACUUUUUAGAACUUGUUCGUGGCAUGCAUUAAGUUUUCCUCUCUCUAUUUUUGCAGCGCCUGGCUUCUGUCGGACUGGAUGCCAAAAACACAGUUUGUAUUUGGGACUGGCAGAAAGGGAAAGUUCUUGCAACAGCCACUGGCCAUUCUGACCGGGUACAUUCACUGUUAUCUUUGUGUUCGUGUCAGAUAAUACAAAAAUAAGUACAAAACUAUUCAUGUUUAGAAAAUAUUUUUUGCUAUGACAUAAUAUUUGAUAUGUGGGAUCAUUAUAUACAGGAACUUGCCUUUACAAUCUGUGUAUCAUUACAUUUUGAUAUUUAAGAUCUUCCAUCCAUCAGUGGUUGGACUUCAGCUCUCACAGUUCUCAUCAAUACCACCUGGAUUGCCCAUUCUUAACAGUCAGCGGUGCACUGUUAAAUAACACGUUACUGUUAUCAUUUUCCAGGCUGAGGCAUGAGAUUUAAAGGGCCACUAUAGUCACCAGAACCACUACAGCUUAAUGUUGUGAUUCUGGUCUCUAUAGCAUGUCCCUGCAUGCUGAGGAAUGGAUGAAUGAUCAUUGCAGUAGCUGGUAUUGAAAUCAAUUGAUUACUGAUCAUCAAAAAUGCUCUGUGCAUUCAGUCAAUACGCAGAGCAUACAAACCGUUUGACAGAAUGACUUCAAUAUGUAAAUUGUUUGAAGCAGUAUGCGUGUCGAUACAAGCUCAACUGAGAGAAGACACUCCAGGCCCUGAUCCAGCAGCUGUGCCGUGUUAGACAGCCGUGCGAUAGGGCAUUUAAAAAUCAUAAAAACAUCAAAAAUGCAGACUUUGUAAGUGUCCCUUUCUUGGAGAGACAGACUCUGUUUGGGCCUAAAUCCAUCUUCCCAUCUUUUCUAAAAGUUCCAAAUUUCUGGUGUGUAUGAGUGUAUAACUGCCAUAAUUUGUAUAAAUGACAGUCAUUAUUAUAUGAAUAUGAAACCAAAAAUGUCUCAGAAUACCCCACCCCUUGACCGCACCCAACUAAAUUAAAACGGCCCCCUUUUGUCUCUAUGAAAUGUUGGGAGGUAGGAAAAUGACAUCUUGAAUUGUAACGAAACGCAAACCAAAAAGUGAAAAAAUAUGGGACAACUUUUUGCACCUGCUACUGGUGCUAAUCUAUAUACUCACAUUUUUGUGAAGAAAUAAAGUUGGGUUUGUUUUUUCGUUUUUAAAUUUCAUGUUUUCUGUUGGGGUCAUGUACUGUAACUUCAGGUUUCAUUGGAGAAAACAUAAAAUGUCAUUUUGUGAAGAAAAGGUUGUAUGAGAGAAAAUGCAUGUUAUCCACAUUAAUAAACCAAUAGGAAUUAUUUAAGGAAUCAGUAAAGGACCCACUAUACAUUAUAGUUAUGUACAUUUUCUAUCAAUCCAAUUUAUGUCAUUAGUCAGAACCUAGUCUUUAUCCGUAUUGGCAUUUUCUGUGUUUUUAUGGUUCGUUAUGUCUGCUUGUUUGUUGACAGAUAUUUGAUAUUGCUUGGGAUCCAUAUCAGCCAAACAGAUUGGUCAGCUGUGGGGUAAAACAUAUAAAGGUAAGUCGUAACCAGUCUCUUCACAAUCUUUACAUUAAAUGCUCAGCAAUGCAGUGUCCUGUAUAAGGAAAAAAAAAACUGAUUAAAGAACUUGUGCAGGCUUAUUCACUGAAGUGAGAAUUCAAAGUGAAUUUGAAUUGAAUUUCAAAUUCAUGGUAAAAAGAGCCAAAUUAGACGCAGCCUCAAAUUUCAAAUUCAGUUCAAAUUAACUUUGAAAUUCACCCUUUAAUGAAUAAUCCUGUUGGUUUUAUUAAGUGAGGUGGAGAAAUUUAUUUUAGAUUCUUCACAGUUCAUGGUGAAGUGGAUGAAUUCCAAUUUUUCAUGGUAUAUUUAAUAUUUUAAACGCAUUAAAUGGUAUGAAGAUAUGAAUAAACACAUGGUAUAAUGAACAUUUGUAUGCAACUGAAGCAUGACGAGUUUAGGAAAAAUAUAGUUCUUUCAUCUGUUGACUAAAGUAAGCAAAAAAACAGCAAAGACAUGAAAAAGUAUUAAUGGUACAGGUUAAGUAAAUGGAUUGGAAUCUUGGGUAUAGCAGAGAAAUAAGCAUUCAUUAUAUACCUAGGACCAUGUGUUUCUGUUAAAUAGUGAUGCUAAUGAGCAGUAACCAGCAGUUAUGUUUGUUUUCAGUUCUGGACUUUAUGUGGAAAUGCUCUCACAGCAAAAAGAGGGAUAUUUGGGAAAACUGGUGAUCUACAAACCAUCCUGUGCUUAGCGUGUGCAAAAGAGGACAUCACAUACUCAGGCGCUCUAAAUGGAGACAUCUAUGUAUGGAAAGGGUUAACAUUAAUUCGCACCAUCCAAGGAGCGCACAGUGUAAGUAUAUCUUUAUGACAAGAUAAGCUUUUCUAGUAAGCUACGUUUACAUUACUUCUACAUGAAAUGCAUCCUACCCUUACCUCUUGUGCCACUUUACCCCACUCCUUCUAGAAUGUAAGACAGUUUGAGCAGGCCAUCAACAUCCUCUGUUACUGUGCUUCCAACUUGUCUUGUUGCAAAUACAUGUCUGUUAGUCCACCUAUUGUACAGUGCUCCAGAAUUUAUUGGUGCUUUUUAAAUAAUAAUAAUCUCAUCAGACCACCAGUCCCUCUAGUCUCACAUUGCUCAAUUCGCUGCCAUUUAGGAGUUAAAUCACUUUGUUUAUCCACAUCCACAUCUCCUGCCUGUGACUUGCACGGCCUCCCUACACACUUCCUGUAAAGAGAGGUCUAAUUUGUAAACUUCCUUUAUUGCACAGUGUGUUUAAUUUAGAAUGUAUUUUCUCCUGCUCUGUUAAUAGCCUGCAGCCUCCUGUGUGAUUAAAGUUCAAUUAACAGAGCAGGAGAUAAACAAAACUUCUAAAGUAAACGCACUUUGCUGUAAGAUCUGAUUGGAAAUGAAACAUCUUUUUCAUGUUGGCUCUGUGAGUCACAGACAAGGGAGUCUUAAGUGAAGAAUUGAACAGUGAGACUGCAGGACCAUUUUACACCAAAACUGCUUAAUUAAGCUGAAGUUGUUUUGGUGUUUAGAGUGUGCCUUUAAAUUCUACAUGGCUACUCACCAAACGUCUUGCUGUUUGGUGAGUGGGACUCCUUAAUAUUUUUGUUAACUCACCAUAUAAGUAAUAUUAUCAUAAAUAUAAAUACAGACUCGUGCAUUUUCAGAAUGCGUGGUAAAUUGAGAAAUGUUGCCCCAUUCUAUUUAAUAAUACAAAAUUAAUGUAAGGAGGCAAAUGAAAAUAAAUUGUUUAUACAUUUGCAGAGCAAAUCCUGGUAUAAAAUUAGAACAAAGGUUUCAUGAUCCUAAAUUCAAGAAAACAUUUGCCUCCUGUAACUGUACAUACAAUUCCACAGCAAUAUGCUAUCCCAUAAUCAUUUUGCCUUUUAGUUAAUAUUUUAUUCGCAUUCUGGCAAUUCGCUAUUUUUACAUAGAGAGAUAUUAACUGACUGUCUGGGAGAGCCCAAUCUUCAACGCAUAUGAGAUCCUGACAUUUACUAAUAAUUAGAAAAAUAUAUUCGAUCCAUGCACAGUUCAGUAUAACCAUUCACAAUACUCUAGGCAUGUUUUUAUGACAGCAGAAUUUGAUUGUAUAUGUGUUUGUUCCUCUGAUGCAAAAUAUGGUCUUUAUAGAAUGACUCAUCCUUGUGCAACUGUGCAUCAUCCUUGUGCAACUGUGCACAAUAUAGAAACUCUUUCUUCUAGUUAUUAAAUGUAUUAGAAUAAUAAAUUUUCCUUAGAAUAAUCUUUAUUUGCAUUCUACAAGUAUUCAAGUAGUUUUAACAUCUCCCAAUGUAUUCUCUGAUGUCCAUAAAGGCAGGGAUCUUUAGCAUGUAUGCUUGUGAAGAAGGCUUUGCGACUGGCGGAAGAGAUGGCUGUAUCCGACUGUGGGACGCAGACUAUAAACCAAUAACUAAAAUCGAUCUCAGAGAGAGUGAUCAGGGUUAUAAAGGUAAGCAAUGAUUUUAUAUAGAUCUGUAUACACGUAGCCCCAUUUGCACUCUUAUGUUAUACGGUGGAGUCGUGUUUUUGCUGCCCCGAUGCAUUAACUCGGGGGUCCUCAAACUCCGGCCCCCCAGAUGUUGCUGAACUACAACUCCAAUGAUUCUUUGAAUUACAUAGAUAGCCAGAGAAUCAUGGGAGUUGUAGUUCAGCGACAUCUGGGGGGCCGGAGUUUGAGGACCCCUGCAUUAACUCAUCACAGAGACAUUUACUGGUGUUUUAAUUCAAUGCAUAUGUUUUGCUAACUAAUAUACCUUGUGGUUUGUCGGUAAUUAUUCACAGUGAUUCUUUUGGGAUUAUUUUAUUUUUAAUUAUUUUCCUGCAGGUAAUGAAUUCUACAUUCUGCAGGGCAGUAUUUGUCUUUCAGUGUCCUAGCACCCGCAACUAGUAUGUGUCCUAGAUCUGGAUAGCUAGUCAAAACCCUGGUUUGUAGAAAAGCACUAUAUCUGGCACUAGACAUGAGCAACACAUUGCAUGGGGCAGUAAAAAAGAUUUUAUCUUUUAAUAAUAAUUAAUGUUUUUAAAAGAAGUGGAAUACUGCUUUUAUGAAAAUUCAGAAAUCAGACAAUUCUUUUUUUAAUUGUGAAAUUGUACAAACCAUUAACUAUAAAAGUUGUGCGUAUUUAUGUUGUGAUGCUAUUUUGUGUUUAGGUUUGUCUAUCCGGAGUGUGUGCUGGAAAGCAGACAGGUUAUUAGCGGGAACUCAAGACAGCGAGAUAUUUGAAGUAAUGGUGAGAGAAAGAGAUAAGCCAAUGCUGAUAAUGCAAGGCCAUUGUGAAGGGGAGCUCUGGGCACUCGCUGUGCACCCUAAAAAACCCUUGGCUGUCACUGCAAGUGAUGAUCGUUCUGUAAGGUAUGUUAGAUGUGUGCUCCUUUGGUAAUUUCCUCAAACACUAGAGAAUGUGGCACUUUUCAGAGCAGGAAAACAAAGCUUAUGUGGGUAUACACAGCCAUCUUAAUAACACAGUAAAAUAGGUCUUCAUCAGCGUGUAAAUCAAUUUAAGAGCAAAUAAGAAAAAGUUGUUUGAAUUUUUGGGAUCUCUUAUCAGGGAGAUUAACACAUUUUAGUUCUAAUAAUUUUUAAAACCAGAUAUAUUUCUGUAAAAUGUAGACACCUGGGCCAAAAGCUGGGAUUCAGACACCAUUUCGUUUAAGCUUUGAAUACACAAAGAAUUGAAAAUGUGUUGGGUACACAAGGUGCUCGGAGGGUUAACAGUCAUCAACACAUGCAUAUACACACAACCUUGCAUUUAAUUUAAUGAUCAAUUACCUCCCCCUGCUUAUUGCAAAUUCCCGUUAAUUAUCCUGUUAACACUAUUUGGUUUCAUUCCAUAGAUUAUGGAGUCUUGCAGAUCAUGCACUGAUUGCUCGCUGUAAUAUGGAGGAAGCAGUACGUAGUGUGGCUUUCAGUCCAGACGGGGCCCAGUUGGGGCUUGGGAUGAAGGAUGGUUCCUUCACUGUGCUCAGGGUCAGGUAGGAACGAACACCUCUGUAACACACUUUUUAUAAAAUUGUUUUUUUUACAUCUUAGAGAGGGUGGAAUGAGUGAAAUCUUGAGGAAGUGAAUUAAUUUAAACCCAUAUGGACUUAAAGUAUUAAACGGAUACUAUAGGUACGAAAACAACUUUAGCUUAAUGAAACAGUUUUGGUGUAUUGAUCAUGUCCCUGCAGUCUCACUGCUCAGUUAUCUGCCAUUGAUGAGUUCAUUCACUUUGUUUGUGCCACCCUAGUCACACCUCCCCUGCAUAUGAUCUACACCACAUCCCGGCAACUUCCUGAAAAUGAGUCUACAUUUUUUAUCUUCUUUUAUAGCACAUUUUGUUUCAUUUUGAAGUUCUUAAUUCCUACUCUGUUUAGAGCCUGCAGCAGCCCCUUGUGUGUGAUUAAAGUUCAAUGAACAGAUCAGGAAAUAAGGACAUUCUGAAGUAAACACACUGUACUGUAAGAUCUAAUUGAAAACAAAUUUUUUUUUUUCCUGCAGGCUGUGUGAGUCACCGCCAUGGAAGGUGCGGCUACAGCUGCAUAAACAGAAACUAACUUGAUUUAGCUCAUGAAUGGCAGAGGAUUGAGCAGUGAGGCUGCAGGGGCAUGUUCUAUACACCAAAACUGCUUCAUUAAGCUAAAGUUGUUUUGUUGCUUAUAGUGUCUCUUUAACAUUUACAUGAUCGGCUGAAGUCAAUAAACAAGAACACCCAUACAGUUACAUCUCCCAAGUUUUAUUGCAUCCCAAUUGAUCCAGAUUGUGUUUGGUUAUAUCAGAAGCUAAAUUUUCAUUCCUAGUGAGUUCAAUCCCUAGAGCCAAUAUGAGAGCUUGGUAAAUCAUCUUUGUGUUGCAACUCCAUUAAAUUAUGUUAAAACACAUAUGAAUUUAGAUAACAUACAUAAUGAAAUUGGAACAAGUAUAAACCUACUUUUUUAUCUAAUAGAAAAUGUACUAUUUAAAAUCAACCCUGACUUCCAAGUAGGUCAGAUAUUAUCCUGUGUGAUCUGCAUUACAACGUAAGCCAACAGGGAAACUUUAGAAAACUGCUAUAACUUGGAGAGAACAGCUUUUAAUAUAACUUUCUAUAAAAUCUACGUAGGUUGCCAAUGUGUUGUAUUUUUUGCUGCAAAAUAUUCCAGUUAGUUCUAUUUGUUUUCUGUAGUAUAAUAGAUAGAUGCAACACACCACUGUUGCAGUAUAUAUUGAGCAAUUUAUUUAAAAACAAAUUGGGGACGAAUAGUGGGUUCCUCCAAAGGAACUUAAAUGCCUUAGUUUGUAAGGUUGUAAUGAAACCCCUAUGUCUUCAGAAUCUCCAAACUGAAAUUAUAUAUAUAUAUAUAUAUAUAUAUAUGUAAAGGCAGUAUGCCUGGAGUUGUGUGAGGGAUUUUUACCAGCCUAUAUCUAUAUGUUCUGCCAACAUUUGGAACCUCACCCUCCUCUUAUUCAUCGGUUUUGCACACAACAACUGACUUGCUCUUACUGGUAUAGCUCAAAUCUUAUUGUGUAUGUAUAUUGAAUAUAAACAUAUACAAUAAGGUUUGAGCUAUAUAUUUUAUUAAUGCACCAUUAUUCUCUUGCCAUUUAAGGAUUUAUAUUCAUUCCACUAACAUCAUCUGAUGUGAAGAGCUCAUGUGUCCAAAAUCUUGAAUCAUUAUUAAAAGUACUUGUGUAUCCAAGCAUCCUUUGCUUUGUUUUCAGAGAUAUGACAGAGGUGGUUCAUAUCAAGGACAGGAAAGAGGUGAUCCAUGAAAUGAAGUUCUCACCAGAUGGAUCAUAUCUUGCCGUGGGCUCCAAUGAUGGCAUGGUGGAUGUCUACUCAGUAGCUCAGAGAUACAAAAAAAUUGGGGAGUGCAAUAAGUCUUCCAGCUUUAUAACUCACCUCGACUGGUCUGUGGACAGUAAAUACUUACAAACCAAUGAUGGGGCUGGAGAAAGACUCUUCUACAAAAUGCCAUGUAUGUACUUACUAUGAGCUCUGAUCUUUUAAGUGAAUUUAUAAGAAGUGAUUUGAACGUUAUUUCCCUAUCUUGGGCUAUCAGGAUUGAAGAACUGUCACUCACCCUUUCUAAACUAGCACUAUGAUACUCUUAAACCUUUAACGCUUGAACUGCAGAGAGGAGAACAGAGCUGCGUUUUUUAGCAUCUGGCACUAAGGUGGAUAAGAACGUCAGUAAUUUCCCUGAUCUAUGAUACUUUAGCUCUCCGAGGCAGUUACAUGUAUUGCACAAUAUGUACAUUUUGCAUUAUGAUAUACAUACGUAUAUACAUCCUUCUUUAAGUCUGAAUCUAAUAAACUCCCAGAAAAUCUGAGCACUGUGCUCCCACCUAGUUUUUCUAGAUUUGGUACAGUUUAGCAGGACAUGUGAGUGUUGUCAAAGAUGCAACACAUAGGUUUCUGACCACACAGUAUGUUACAUCCAUGCUGAUAUAAAUAUUUUCUACAUUAUUGAACUGUCACUUCAACCUCCUCUUCAACUGCAGAUAGAGUUAAACCAAAGGUGGACCAGUUGCUGUAAAUUCAUGAAUGAAAGUUUGUUAUUCAAUGUGUAGAUUGGCACCUUAUUAUAUGUUAAAAACAAAAAACUAACAUGGAACUGGAGGAUUACUGAACAAACACAGGAGGGACUGUAUUAGAUUAUGAAGCAGGUUAUACUUGACUGCUGGUGGCCCUUGUGGCAUGCUUGACAUUCCUGCUUUAUAUGUAUAUCUUUUGGGGGGUUUGCAGUAAUUGAAGUUUGUAUGUUGAUUCUAAGUAUUUAUAAUACUAUGGUACAAGUCAUGUUAGCGGAAUGUGUAUGUGGAGCGGUAAGCAUGUUUUGUGACCACAAUAUAUAUUUUCCAGCUGGUAAACAUCUUACAAGCAAGGAUGAGAUCAAAGCGAUUCAUUGGUUUUCUUGGACUUGCGUGGUUGGACCAGAGGUGGAUGGAAUAUGGCCAAAAUACACCGAUAUUACGGAUAUCAACUCAGUGGAUGCCAAUUACAAUAGCUCUGCAUUGGUAACGGGAGAUGACUUUGGACUAGUUAAAUUAUUCAGGUUUCCAAGUUUGAAAAAAGGUAAGCUGCUUCUUUUCUCUGUUGUUGUCUACUUGAUUCAGGUCCACAAGAGCCUUCCAUUCCACUAGUUAUGGAUUAUUGCCAAAUGACAUUCCAAUAGGAAUACUGAUAGCACUGUCAGGUGUCCUGUGAUGAUUCUCCCCUCCUUUAAAUUGAUAAUGGUUAUUUAGACUGUUAGUAAUAUAGGCUGAAAAAAGUUCAGCCUCACGUCUGAUUCUGCAGUCAAUUCAAAAGUAGGAAAAAAUUGUAUUUUGAAGCGAUUUUCAAUAUUGCCACAAAAUGAGAAAAAGAUUCCUUCUUGACAUCAAAAUGGCAGUCAGAUUUCUCCUAGUGCCAACAAGCUGUUACCCAUAUAUUAACUAUUGUAUCCUUGAUUGUGUUGUUUAUUAAUUAAUUUUUUUGUUUGCUUAUAUUUUUUUUUAAAAUGCAUCCAGGCAUUGUUUAAAAAAAUCUGUACAGAAACUAAUAAAAAAAAACUAAUCCUUAACCAUUGAACUGGUUACUGGAGAGCUGUUUUUACUGGCUCUGUAUAUAUUUAUGUAAUAUUGUCACAUUCCCUAUGAGAUUAUUUUCUAAAGUAAACAAGUUUUCUUCAUAUCUAAAAUCUUUCAUUCCCCUUUUUAAUUUUGUAACACGUCUCUGCACUUUCUAGUUCCAUAAUAUCCUUUUUUUAAAGUGACGGUGUGUGAAUAUGUAAACUAGCCAAUGGACAAGUGUAUGAGUUCUAGAUCGUAAGCUCUCAUCAACCUAUUGUUUCUGUAACAUUUUGUAAUUGUCUCAUUUAUUGUUACAUUUCCCAGUUUGUAAUAUUGUAAAGUGUUACAGAAUAAGUUGGUGAUAUAUAAAUAAUUUUAAUAACAAUAACAGUUCCCUGCAUGUUUAAUGGACCCGUCUUCAAUUCUUUAAUUUUAUUGAGAUUUCUGAAAUACAUGCUAAAGAGUAAGUUUUACUGACUCCGUGUUUACCUUUGUAAUUAAGUAAACUUUGUUUUUAAGAACAGUUUUAGCUGUAGGAUAUCAGAAGUGGAUAGGACUGAUUCUUUUAUUAUUGAUCACGAUGCUCAAUAAUGCACCUGAUGUGAUAAUCGCGCCGUUCUGAAUUAUUAUUAUUAACAUUUCUAUGGCGUCAACGUAAUUAACAUAUGGAAUGUAACAUAGGCAAGAGGUGAAGAAGGACCUGCUGAAACGAGCUUACAGUGUAUGAGAUAAAUUAUGACUUUGUUUACUGUAUAAUAAAUAUUCAUCUGCCAUUAAUUUCUUUUCCCAUCAUCCUCAUUCAACUGGAGGAUUACUGAAAAAAACACAGGAGGGACUGUAUUAGAUUAUGAAGCAGGUUAUACUUGACUGCUGGUAGCCAACAGGCAGUCCUAUAGCUUUAGAUAAUAGAAAAAGAAACAAAUAUAUACACAAGAAAUACAAAUGCACCUAACCAACUCGGUGGUAAGAAUAUGCAAAGGUACUUAACUGAGUAUAAGGUCGAUACAGCUUCCCAAGAGGUUUCCCCCAAACGAACCUCAAAUACAGAUAUAUGAAUAGCCAAAAUUGGGAUACAGCUGAAUAACUAAAAAACACAAGAAAACAUAGCACAUAGUGAAGUACAAUCACAAUAAUAAAAUAUAACCCACAAUGAUUGCACUCACAAAAUAGUGAUGAAUAGUGCGCCUUUAAGCCCACAUAGGGCUGCAGUAGCGUUCACCCUCCACGAAUAGGUUGCUCUGUCUUCCAAGAAAUGGGAGUAUGCCAGUAAAAUGUAAAAAAAUCCUUUUAUUAUUAAAGGCACUAAUAAGCCUAUAUCAAAGAUCAAUAAAUGAAAUAUAGGAAAAAUACUGCAAUCUAACGCGUUUCGUCCAUACAAAUUGGACUUCCUCAGAGACAAUUUUGCAGUAUACACAGUAUAUAAAAUACAAAGCAUGCAUAAUUUCCACCCCCAACAGAGUCCCUUAAAUACAACCAGUCCAUAUGUUGAUUGGAGGACUUCUUCAUAGAAACACCUCUUCAAUAAGGGAAAUUUCUUCCAGGUGAUCUUCACCUUAAAAAUCGCGGCUAAAAACAGCUGGUUAUCCGUCCGUCUCUGUGUUAAUAUUAUGCGUUCCAAAUGUCAACUUCCGGUUGCGUUCCACAUACGUAUUUCCGGUAGCGGAUAUCAACGGACGUCAUGGACGCUGACGUUGCGUUCCAAAACAGGAUGUAUGCGUUCCAAAUAACAAGCCACUCGAGUGGCUAAAAAGGCUAAAAAAAACAGUCUUAAAAUAAUAGCAACAAUAAUAUAACCAUUCUCAUGUUACAGAUUAGAACACAUACACUACAGAAACAGAUCAUCAUCAAAUGGAAAAUGGGAUUUACAUCCUCUGCCACUAAAAGAGAAUAUUGAAUUAAAAUAUAAAAAUGAAUAUGAAAAAAUAUUAUUAAUGAAUAUACAUAUAUAUAUAUAAAAAAUAUAUAUACAUAAAUAUUAAAUAAAAAUAAUAUUAAAAAAUGAAAUAAAUGAAUAAACAAAACAAAAAAAGAAAACAAAUAUGAAAUAUGAAAGUAAAUAUAAAUAAAAUUAAAUGAAAAAAAUACAAUAAAAUAAAAUAAAAAAAUAAAAAUAAAAAUAAAAAAUAAGAAUAAAAAUAAAUAAAUAUAAAAUAAAAAUAAAUCAAAAUAAAAAUGAGUAUAAAUAUAAAUGAAAAUAAGAAUAAAAAUUGUAAAAAUAAAAAUAAAUUUAAAUAAAAAUAAAUGGAAUUAAAAUAACAAAUAAAAAUUAAAAUUAAAAAUAAAAAUAAAAAUAAAAUAACAAUUUAAAUGUGUAUAAAAAAGGCAGAAGAUGGAAAUCCCCCAUCAAAUAAGCAAUAAUGUUAUACCAUAAAACUAGCCAGAUCCACAUCUAUAUUUAAACCUUUGGGUGGCAAGGUAUCCAAAUGGUAAAUCCAAUAGGUCUCCCGUUGUGCUAGUUUCAAUUCCCUGUUGCCUCCUCUCCAAUGAGGGGACACAUGUUCUAUACCACAACCCUUGAAAUCCCUCCAAUUAAAGGCCUGGCAUGUGUUACAGUGAACUGGCACUGAAUGGGUUGUUAUACCUUUCCUUAUGUUGUUAAUAUGUUCCAUAAGGCGUACUUUCAGGGGUCUCUUCGUCUUUCCCACGUAUUGUUUGCCGCACGGACACUGCAAUAAAUAAAUAAAUCACAAAGUCCGUGUGGCAACCAAUGCUGGAUUUUACUGGGAAAGAAACCCCAGUGGUAUGACUUGUAAACUGUAGAGUUAAACCCAAGUUCAUCCUUGAGCAAGCCCGGCACAUUUGGCAUCCUUUAGAUCCCUUCAUAUGAGUGAUAACUUUCUUUUUAGGGAUAUCUUUUCUAGGAUAACUUGGAGCAAUUAAAUCUUUCAGAUUUUGACCUUUCCUAUAAAUAAUAGAUGGACGAUCAGGGAGAAUAUUUCCAAGAACUGGAUCCUGGAGUAAUAUGGGCCAGUGUUUUUUAAGGCACUUAUUAAUUUUCCAAUGGUCAAUAUUAUAUUUCGUUAUAAAUGAAUAUCUAAAAUGUUCAUUUGAAUCAUUCUUUGGAUGGUCCUAUAGCUUUAGUAGAUGUAAUAUUCCCAUGAUGCUCUGAACUGCAAUGGGUAUGAUGCCUUGUUAUGGAAUAGGGUGGCAUUGCAUGAUGGGAAUUAAAAUACUACAAAUAAUGGACGUUGAUCAUAUCAGGUAAAUGUGGGCUGUAUAUCUCCUUCCUGAGCGUUAUGUAACUGAUUUUACACAGCUGUUUUUAUAUUGUUUAAGCCUGGUCAGACUGAGUGUUUGUGCAUCAGCUUUGAAGGAAAGAGCUUUAAUAAGCGAAGUGAAAAAUUCUAAUCUAGAUAUGCAAGGUUCCUAGAUCUCAUUUAUAGUGGGAACUUCUUUAAAUAUUUAUAUUAUAAAUAAAACAGAAAUGCUGAGAGUAUUUCUAGAAUAAACCAGCUUUUUAUACUUCUAUGAUAUGAUAUAAAUAAAACAGAAAUACAAGAGUGUUUCCAGGCUAUAUUAACGUUUCAUUUAUAUGAUUUUUUAAAAAGCAGAUCUCACGCAGUACAUGUAGCUGAUUUCACUAAGAAUAGUACGUCGAGGGAUGCUGUAUCCCCAUAUUCACUAGUGCGCUGGACUGAUUUAGCACAUGGUUACACAUAUCAAUUGUACAAACUGUGCUGGGACUGAUCUAUGUACAGUUAAAUAAUAUUUUAUAUUAAAUGUGUAAGACAGAAACAACGUAACAGGUUAACUUCACACUAACACUUCAAAUACAGAAUAGGUGUUGUAGAAUAAGGGUUUGUAGGGGACUACUAGCAUAGACGAGGGCUGGACCUCUGCAUUAGCUAGAUAGUACUGUAUGAGAAUUGAUAUCAUGAUUGGAUACAUUUUCAUUGAUAUGUUUAAAAAUGGAACAGUCUUUUCCAAAAAUUGGAACUCCCAUAACUUCCAGUUUUCUCAGAUUCUACAGGUCAGUUCCUAUAUGAUACCCAUGCCCUAUGGGACUUACCUUUUGUUGGUUUCAAGUGAGAUCAGUUGCUGCACUCUACAUGUGCAUAAAUACUCCUGUAGCACUUUGCUUAUGGGCAGUUCUGAUAAUGUUGGCAUUGUUUGUACCUGCUUUAAAAAAAUUACCCUACUGUAUCAACUUGAACACUUGUAUAUGUUGGUUGGUAGGUCCCCUGUUUCUACCAUUCAGUAGUUCUGCAUAUAAAGAAAUAGAAAUGCUGUCGUAACCCUAGCUGUCUUGUAUACCAGAUGUAGUCUUCCAAUCCUUUAAAUCCAAGCAGCAGCAUCAUUCAGGCCAAUGCCUGUAGAAGUGGGUCUACUUAGACUUUAUGGUCCAUGCUGUACCUCAUUCACUGCACCUGCGACAUUCUGUCCCGGCCCUCUAUUAUUCUCAUUUUCGUUAAUACCCUUAAGGAAGUACAUUUUAGUUAGGCAACUACACCUAGAUCCUUCAGCACACAAUUCAUGAUGCAAGAUAUCAUCAGGUCAUGAUAAUUUAUGUUAUCUAUCAGAUAUAAACUGUAAGCCUCAACGAGACAUUUAACAUUAACCUAUUUAAAAAAUAUGUAUAUUUUGCUUCUUCAGUGUUUAAAAGGUAACCUGUUUUUUUACCCCACAGGAGCAAAAUUUCGUAAAUAUGUUGGUCAUUCAGCACAUGUAACCAAUGUUCGCUGGUCACAUGACUUCCAAUGGAUUUUGAGCACUGGUGGAGCUGAUCACUCGGUUUUCCAGUGGAGGUUUAUUCCUGAAGGAAUCACAAAUGGCCUCAUAGAAACUGCACCACAAGGUACGAUCUAUGUUAUUUCCAGUCAGUUUAUACAGUUGUUUUUUCCAGUGCUGUGGUAGAAUGUCAAAACAUUAGAAAGUGAUUUUUAUAUCUUUAAAAUAACAUGACCAAACUGGACCUUGGAAGGAGUAUAGAUUAAAUGACAUCUAAAAAAACAGGUUUUCAGGAUUUUCUUACUGUUAAUGGGACAUAUUAUACUUCUUGUCAGCAAUCAGUUUAGUGUACUACGGAAUUAUGUUUGAAAUUGGUUUUUUAAAAAUAUUUUCCCUUUGUGUCUCUCCCACCAGCACAUGUUUAUCUAUUUUGCCCCUUCUUAAGCCCCUGUCUGUGACUUUUGCCCAUUCCCCAGCCCCGCUAUGUCUUUGUCCCCUCCAGCCCUUCUGUGUAUCUCGUUUUCCUCCAGUCCCUUUUGUGUGUCACAUUUUCCCCUUCCCAGCCCCCCUGUGUAUCUUUCCCCCAACACUUUGUCUCUUUCUCCCUCCAGCCCCUCUGUGUCGGCAUCUCCCGUUAACCCCUAUAGGUGUCUCCCCUCAGCCCCUGCCUGCCCUGCCCCUUUCCCUAGUCUCUGUCUGUCUCUUUUGCCCAUUUCUCAACCCCUCUGUGUGUUUGUCCCCAGCCCCUCUGUAUGUCUCUUUCUUACCCAGCCCCUUUAGUGUGUCUCUUUGUGCCAACUCACCUCCUUCAUAUAGUGUGGCUGAGCUGCUGACCGUAGUAGAGGAGCUCCUGUAACCUCUGCCUGGUGUGAAGCAAUUCGGUGCUCUCUGUGAGCACUUCCUGUCAGACUGGGUAGAGGAAGCUACAGCUCGGCCAUGCGACAUGGAGUGACAGGCAGGAGGGGAACGCACACCACAGCUGGUCGAGCCCUAAGGUGGCCGACUUAUGGUACUGCUGGCCCUGUCCUGGUAGGCCUUUUUUGUCCCCUUUUGUGGAAUGAUACACCUCUAGUUUGAUGGUGUAAUGCUUAUCACAGUGCAACACAGUAACAACAUUUCAACUGCAAAAUCAUUUGUUUCUUGCUGAAUUAUUACAGUGUUAUUUAUUAAAUUGUGCAUGCUGGGAAUUUACCAAUGAAUUUCACAUUAUAUGCAAAAAGAGUGAAAUAGAAAACUGUUUCUAGUUCAGACAUUUGCCCUAAUAUGUGAUAUUCACUUGUCAAUUUCUGACAGAUUCCUUGCUUGUUACUUGAAUAGAUAUUAGCUAGUCAGGACAACACCAAAAUGUUCCAGAAUAGUUCCACCAAUUGAGUUACGUCGUCAGUCACACUUAUUAACAAUAGGAUCUGUUUCAGAUUGUUUGACAGUAAAUCUUCCUUCCUUACAGAAGCCAUUGUAGAUUCCUGCAGUGAAGAAUCCGAUUCUGAUCUGUCUGACGUGCCCGAACUAGACUCUGACAUUGAGCAGGAGACUCAAAUUAAUUACGACCGCCAGGUCAGUUUUAAAGACUGUCAAACUGAGUUCAACACAAGACUGCCAGUCAGUUACAAUGCAUCAUUUUUAUAUCUUGAGAUCGGAGGCCAAUACCAUGAAUUGUCUGUCAUUAUUACUACUGUGGGACACAUUUACCAAUAUUUUGUUAAAACAAGUUACACAUAG